GUCUGAGCUGAGGGGCCAAUGGAGCUGUAUGGAUCUGACACAUGGGAAUUUCUGACAUAUCUGCCCUCUGCUGUGACCUUCACAUACACAAUAAAAAGAGGCUUCUGUGUAUCUCACCCACAGCCUCUCGGUCCUGUAGCCAAGGUUGGUAGCCGUGUGCAUGUCUCUAUGUAAAUUACUAACAUAUCCCUAUAACCUGCUGUCACUGUAUCUCACAGACCAUAGAUAAAUAUAUUAUAUGAUGUUUUAAUUCAGUGUUAAACCCAGACGUUUGUCCAUAUUGAGGCUUCCAACUUAACGCAUAAUGUCAUAUAUAUAUUUAUAUAUUAUAGUGUGAUUAUUGUAUAGGAUUAGAGAACUGUUUCUAUAUGGUAUUAACUUUAUGGCAAUAUGUUUCACUUACUGUCUGCCUUGCAAAUAUGCCACUCUAUGUGAAUCAUAUUUCUGAAUUUAACAACUUCUUCUGUGCUGUUUGUUUGGCUCCCUAUGACUUGCACCAUACCAUCGACUAUUGCACAACGGGUCUAUACUAUAUCCUUAACCUUACUGCAUAAUGGGUGUUUCCUAUAGCCCUACAACUGCGGUACAGUGGGUCUACCCUUACGGCGCAAUGGGCCAAUCCAAGGUCCAUAACCCUACAUGUACAAUAGGUAACCCCUUUAACCUUUACCCUCUUGAAGAAUGGAUCUAGGCAGUAAUCCUAACCCUACUAACCUAAGGUUUUACCUUACAAUCUUGCAUGUAUUACACAAUGGAUCUAUUCUAUACCCUCCACCCUUUUAUACAAUGGAUCUUCUCUAUAACCCAACCCUACUGAGCAAUGUGUCUUCCGUAUAACCCUAGCCCCUUUGCACAAUGGGUUUACCAUGUAAGAGCCCCUAUUUGACCACUUAUAGAGUCAUAAGUUCUGUCGCCAUAAUUCUACCUAUUCAUCCUCUCCAAUUUUUCUUGUUUUUAUAAUAUAACUUCUUCUACUGCGUAAAAAUAAUAAUAUAGUAUGUACCAGAUUCUACUGAUCCAUAUAACCUGUUCUUUUGCACCCUAUCAAUCUUAAUGGUAUUCAUAAUGUUUCAUGACCAAUUUUUAUGUCAGCAUUUCUGCAAAGGAUCAGAAUUCUGCGAUAUUCAAAUAGUUGUGAUUGUUGUUAAAAUGCAGUUUUUUUGGCUUAAAUAUAUGAGGUUUUGGUACAGAGAUGCUUGGGAUAUGUGUUGAACUUAAGUAACUUUGCCGUGAAAAUACAUGUAUCGGAACCAAUGUAAAAUUUGUUUAGUUGCUACGGAAUUCUGCUAAUAUGAAACCUGUUGGGUGAUAUGUCAUAUAAUGGUAGCAUUUUAGUGCAAAUUUGUGUAGAUUGCUCCAAAUACAGUUGCUUAAUUAGCCUUUCUGUUUUUACUGUGUGUAUUACAUAGAGAUUAUUAAAAUGUUUUAUAUAAGUAAAUGAUUCAAAGCCCGUAGAGUGUGCAAGGUGUGACCAUGCUCUACUAUUUUAAAAAGUUUUUUUGUUUCAACAAAUCAUAUGUUGAAAUGGUAUAUAAAGGAGUCAAUGGAUACUGGUGUGUGUGGAUAAUAUUCUCCCUACAAACCACGAACCACAAAUCUAACUGUUAUUUUAAAACUCUUAGUCUGCAAUCAUGGCAAUCCAAUGAUAUUUUUAAGUCGAGCAAAGACAAAAUGACAAGCCCUACACACGUAUGUUGCAGGAUGUCCGAGCUGGCCUCUGUGUACCGCAAAAUGUCCAUGCCAUACUGUCCUCUGCUUUCUGGGCUAUUAUUACACAGCAGUGGACGGGCAGUCGGGCACUGACUGGCACAAUACCAGCAUACAGCUUGUGUACAGCCCUGACUUUACUUAUUAUUUUAAUGAAUAUUACAAAAUACAUGCUGUUGUAUAGAAAUAAAAAAAAAAUAAACACCAUUUUUCAGUAUUGUAAAUCGUAUGCCAAAUACCAGGAUAGGCUGGUAGAUUUGGACAUUCCAUUACAUUGACCCAUACACACUAGUGUAAAAUAUAUAUUAGAUUUGGGCAAACCGUUGAUCAAACUAUAACAUGCAUUUGUUACGCAUAUUUUAUAGUUCAGCGGAAUGUAUAUAUUCUUACACAAGUUUCUUAGAGAAAAUGUUACUAAUGCCCAAUCUGUUAGCCUUGUCUAUUCAUAACACAUUUGAGUUUCACAAAUAGGAAUGUAAUUGUAAUAUUAUGCAAAUUUUUACAAAUUAAAAUAACAUGUUUUAUUGUGUUUAAUCUAGCUGGGCAAGUAUUUUAGACAUUUUUUCUCCAAUGAUCAUAUACUGUGAAAUGGAAUAUAUAAUAUUAUGAACUCACUAAGCAUCAAUUUCAAAGCUCACAAAAUUUAAUAGUUUCUUUAAAAACUCUUGACUUAGGCAAAAAAGAAUUUAGUUACAGUUUAUAAUCAUACAUUGUAAAAGUCUGCCAAAACGCCAAUGUACCCCAUUUUUUGUCAGGUCUUAUUCCAAACCCUAAUACCUGCUCUUAUAAGAUUAACCCACUUACUUGGAAAUCCCUUCCUCCUGGGACUUUAUAUAUAUAUAUAAUUACACUUAACUUCCAAGAACCAUACCGUAUGCAGGACUACAGCAGGUGCAAAGCAAGAGGCCUAUUCCUCGCUGCACAUUUUAAAAAGUUAGUUUAUUUUGGUGUGUGAGUGGAAAGAGAGAAAGAGUGUGUGUGUGUAUGUAUGUAUGUAUGUAUGUAUAUAUACAUAAAAAUAAUACUUGGUGCUUAAUCUAUUCAAAAAUUGUACUUAAAAAACAAACAUAACUUUUAAUAUGCUAAUGUAUUUAUUAAAACUCAUCAAGGACCUUGGAGUGCUAUGUUUUUUGUUUAAGUAGGUGUGUAUAUAUAUAUAUGUAUAUAUAUAUAUCUGUUGCUAUGCCAUAUUGGGUCAAGAAAUAAUUUUUGAAUUUUUUUAUAUAUUGUAUGUAUUAUACUUUAGUCAAUAUUGUUUCGCUGGGAGCGGUAGUUGAGAUCGUGAAGCCCCGAUUUUAUACUUAAGUUGUUCCUAUGUUUGGUGGGGGUGAAUAAGGAGUUUAAAAAACUCAGAGGAUAAUGGGAUAAAGGGUUGGCUUGCUGCUGGUAGAUGCAUCAUUUCAUUCUUGGUUAUUUUGUCAAUUCUAUAUCUUUUGUUUCACGUAUAUGUGUGUUAUAACAUGAAUGAGUAUAGGAACACUGGUGGUAUAUUUUUAUAGUUCCGGUGAAGUAUGGAUUCUAUGUGAAGACAUUUACGAGACCUUGCAAUGUCUCUGUUGUUUCGUUAAUGGGUGUAAUUAGGGUGGAUGCCUUGUCCAUCUGUGCAGAGAGGACCAGGUCAGGGCAAGAGGUCGUACUGAAUAUAAACAAUGUGUUUAACCUUGGUUUGUUUUCCAAGAAUCAGUGUAAUAUAAUAAUCAGGACUGCGUUGAAGAAUGGAAGUCAGAACAAGCACAUUUUGUAUGCCUUAGUGGUCAUUGUCGUGAAUUUGGCUUUUGAAUGUAAUAAUUUUAGGAAAGCGUGAAAGACAACUGUGUCCACAGAAUGUAUUCUAUUAUAUUAGCAGUAAUACAUUUUUUAGACCAUGUUUAUUUAUCAAAACGCUAAAAAUUUCUGGUAUCAUUAAACUUGCAGUUAAAUGGUCUGGAAUUAUUUUUCAUAAUUCAGACAUUCUCUGAUCAUGUGCUACAGAGUUUGUCCUACAAAAAAAGAAUAAACAAACUAUUAAUCUCUUAUUUUGUUCACCUUCUCUUUUCAAGGGGUCAGGAGCAUUCCAAGGGAGUCGUAUCUUUGCUGCUGGCUUGGUUUCCAUUGACCAACCACCAUGUCUUCUCUCCAGGAUAUGACAGAGUUUGGAGAGGCAGCUGACUACCUGCGAAAGAGUGCCAAUGAGCUUAUGAAGCUGCACACUAUACCGUUUGAUGGUAGGUUUGAAGGUUGUGUCCUCUAUAUACUUCGAAGAGGGAGGUUUCAUUUAAAUGCAAGAACACAGUCCCUUACAUUCCACAAUAUCUAUUUCUACAUAUACUGUAAUGUAAAUAUGAUCUAAAACUUUUUCACCAGCUUUUUACAUUUUGUAAGUAACAUUAUUUGACUCCUGCUUUAACAAGAUAUUACACCAUGGGGUUAAUUGUCACAAUAUUAUGUUAGUAAGUUUGUCACUUUGAUGGCAGGUCUGUACUGGGAUGCACAAUGUAGGCAACGCUCAUCAACCUCAGCAUGAGCAUUCGCUUACCAACACCUGCAGCACUGUCUUCAAAUGAUAGAGGUGAGAGAGGCUAGGAACAAGAAAAGAAUCCAGGGGUAGGCAACCUUCAGCACUCAAUAUGUUGUGGACCACAUCUUCAAGGUCGAUAUAGUCCACAACAUCUGGAGUACUGAAGUUCGCCUACCCCUGCGCUAUACCCUAUAUCUGAUCACUAUUCGUCUUGAGCAUCUAAGUAAAAUGCUGAAGGUCACCCACCCAAGGCAUAUUGUAGCGGCCAGUGUGAAUUCAAUAUUCACAUAUCAAUCAGAUGAAAAACAGGAUAUAGCAGAGACGACACAGGAACCAGCAACAUGGCAGAAUUGGGAUAGAACAGAAUCUUAUAAACAUAAAGAUUAAAUCAAUGAGCACUAAAUCCUGAGCCAAAGGUAUAAAGAAUAAAUGCCAUUGAAUUGAUGUUGGGAUGUGCGUAAAGAGGAAUGCUUUGCAUACAUAGGCAAACCAGAUGUAGAACACAAAGUGCAUGUACAAUAUCUACAAGGAGUUUCCUAAAAUUGCCAGGCGACAUGUACCUUUCUACAGUCACCACCAGAUCAGUGAUUAGUACCAUUAGGCACUAAUGGACCUUAAUGAAUACCCGGGGUGAUAAUGUUGAAGGCUGUUACUCAGGAUCACAUUUCCUGUUCUUAGACAGUCCAGCCAUUGAUAAGCAGACCUCUAAGCAUAGCAAUUAAAAUACUUGGCAGCACAAAUAACGGAUAUAACAUAGAUAUAAUGAGUUUUGAUGACUGGGGAUUUAAAGUCUGGAACAUGCCUGAAAUCCAUUUCAUACAUUGCAUUUUCUGAAAAUAAAGAAUAAAAGAGUUCUGCAACUAUACUGCAACUCUCAACACAUUGUCCCAAAUUGUUAAUACAUAAGCAGUGCAGAAUAUGGAAUAAUAAAAAUCCAAUCCCACAGUGUUUAGUGGAUUCAUUCUCGAUAAGUAGUAGCCAAAAUCAGAGAGAUUGUAGCCACAUUAAAGAUAAUCAAAUUUUCAUUAGACAAUAUAAUUAUUCACCAAGACAAAAGAAUAAUACAUGCUUUGUAUUCUACUUUACAACAUGUGUAUGGUGCAGGUGAAGGAUCUGAAUUCUGCAGUUAAAAUAUAAUAAACUCUCAGAAUAAGGGAGACACAAUUUGUUGGGCUACUGGUGUAAAGUAAGUGGGGCUUUUAUAAAACACAGUACAAACUGGUCCAUAAGUGAAAGAGAUAUAUACAAAACCAGGCAUGAAGUCUUCCAAGGCACUCCUCUGUUACCAUCUAGUAUCCUCCCAAGAAAGUAUUCCAGACCUCUGCCUAAUUAGCCUUUAAGGAAUUUUGCCCCUUGUGGAGGUGUUCCAUUUUUUAACUCUGCCAUUUGACAAAUACUGAAAACAUAAUGAUCGAUUUUGGGAAUACCAUUAGUGGGAUUCCAUAAAGGAUCCUGAUAUUGUUCUGAAACUUGCUGAAACUUGCAACAGGUGGAUUUUUUUUUUUGUAGCAAAUACAGUAUAUUUAGUAAAUAGCAUCAUGGUGUAACUGGUAUCACACUGGUCACUUUUUUGUUGAUAAUAGAAAACUUUGAGCUAAUACCAAGCCUUUAGUUACGUGCAUGGCAAUGAGGUCUAAGGUCCAGAGUAAAAUGGGAACAUUUCGAGAUACAAGUAGUCCAUAACGCACUUCACCAGGAGUAGACAAACUUUGGCACUCCAGACAUUGCGGACUACAUCUCCCAUAAUGCUGUUACAGCCAUAAUGCUGGCAAAGCUUCGAGAGAGAUGGAGACCACAACGUUUAGAGUGUCAAAGGUCGCCUACCCCCUGCACUAUACCUUAUAUAUGAUCAUUAUUAGUCUUGAGCCUCUAAGAAAACCGUGAAUAAAAGGUGAACAUAGUAUUUGAUUUUUUUAUAAUGGGAUUUUUAAUUCUGCACCAUUUAAGGUAAGAAAAAGGGCUGGAUUCCAGAUGACAAAGAAGCCUACAUUGAAGUGGAAAUAAAGGAUUCCGCUGGUGGCAACGUCACAGUGGAAACAAAAGAUAAAAGGGUAAUUAUAAUUAUUUUUAUUUUUUUUAAUUCUUUAAUGCUUGGGUUGCUAUAUGGUCUUUUGAUAUGCAUUCAGGAAAAAAGGGAGCAGUAUUCCUUACAAGUUUUCGUUCUGUAAAAUGCGUGUUGACUUGUCCCAUGUUUAAGACCUUUCCCUUUAAUUAAGUAAAUAAAGCACUUCUUAAUAAGAAGUUUGGCACUAAAUGUAUUAUGAGAAUUGUUUCGGAAUUGUUUUUUUAAAAAUUAUAUUGUAAUCUCUGCUGUGUGCAUCACCUUGGGAAUAUAGUAAGCUUGUACGUUAGGAUACAUACAGGGCUAUUAACUAAAGUGUUAAAAGCAGGGAAUUAAUUCAUAGUGUCCUCUCAAAAAAAUUAAAAUUUUGGCCAAAUUAGCCGAAUUGGAAAGAUUCUUCACGUUAACUAUGUUUUUAGUUCUACUAAUAUGUCUUAAAAUUUAAAAAAAAAUCACCUUGAAUUAAUUUGGAAUUCCAGAAAAUCCAAAAUUGAGUGAAUAACACUGAUAAUAUAUUGUAGAUUGUACUUCAAUAAGCAUAAUUAUUUUAUUUUAUGUUUCUAAUGUUUUUGGUUUUCUAAGGUUUGACACGAAAAGAAAACUGUAACUCCUGUCCGUAUGUGUGCAGCCUUUGUCUGUGCCACAUUUACAAUGCAAUAAAUGUCUUUUUUUAUCUGAAGAAUCACAUGCUAUGAAAUCAUUCAAGUAUUCCUAUUACAUCUUGUCUAUAACAUCUCUUCGAAGGUUACAGUUGUAUUGACCACAUAGUCUUUCUGUCUGUUUCUUUAGUGUUUGUGGAAAACACUUAUGAAUGUCAAGUAUAUAUCCCCUUAUUGCACAAGGAUACAAUUCUAUGAUCAUGGUGUAGGUGAUUCUUCAGUAAAACCACUGUAAACCAGCCUCGAGACCAUUCUGAGAUAAUACACUUGUCACGUAAAAUUAUGGGGGAAAAAUGUACAACUCACACACUACAAAAGGAAUGUGUUAUAAACAGAAUGCCUUGUCUGUCAGGAUCCUAAAUGCAGCCGGCAGCUGCUUAAUGCCCUUCUGAAGCCUACUAUAAAUGACAGUGUUUUUCCUUUAGUGCAUUCCUGCUAUGCAAAGUGUAUCAGGCCCAUAAACCCUCAUCAGUUGUUUUCUAAUGGUGUAUAACUCCAAUCUAUUUAUUUCUUUACAAACUCCAUCGCCUGUGAGUUUUGCUCUGAGCUCUAAGGAUACCAAUUCACAAGCUGUCUUGUGAAACUUUAAAUGUGUUGCAGAGUUUCUAAGAUGGGCGAGCACCUGCUGAAAAAAAUAUAGUUUGCUUUCUAAUUAACUUUGUCCUGUAUUAAGAAAUUAGUUCCAUGUACAUUUUUGUAAUGUGUAUGGCAUCCCCAGAAAAAAAACAUGUUUAAAAAAAAAAGGAACAGAAGUAUUUCUACCUAAUUGUCGCUAAGUCCCAUUAAAACACUAUAUAGGGGUGUCGAGAACUUGGGUAGAACAUUGAGGCAUGCCAUCAGCUAAUGCGUUCGUAUGUCAGAUUUUUCUUAUUUUAUCAGGUGUAAGGAUGGUAUCAGAGUAAUUAGAGCACAUGGCAAGCUAAAGCCAACUAAAUAGGUCAUGGGAGAAGUUAACGAGGAAAUGGUGAGGUUGAUUAGGAAAUGUCGGCCAUUACACAGCAUGGAUUAGGCUUGAGAAGAGUGAGUGAGCACUAAGAGUAUAUAUUGGGUAUGAGAUAUCGAAGUGAGUAGUUGCCUGCCCAGGUACUUUACAUACAAGACUUGAGAGCCUUCAGCUUUGGGAUGUACUUCAGAAUAUGUGGCUAUUCCUUGAUAAAUAUACCCUUUCUAACGAGAUAAUUGCUUCACACACCCAAUUAGGGCAUCUUGCACACCCUAUUUUGAAGACUUCUUGUCUUGGUCAGAACACAAUGUUUUUAGGUUCCACUAGCUACACCUAUUAUCCAUUCCCACUGAAUCUACAGCUUCUGUAAACUUAAUCACCUCUGUAUGUCUUGGAAGUUUAUCUAUCUGCCUUUCCAGGUCUUUUUAAAUUAUUCUCUUUCCAUCAAUGUUAACGUCUCUGUUUUAGUGUUAGUCAACAUGCCUCCCACCAACAAACCAACUUACGAUUGGAGUUACAGUCUAUACGGAUACUGGAUAUACUUUUUAUUCCAUGUCCACCAGUGACUGUGAAAUUAAUUUCUCAUCAGGUUCUAACUGUGAAGGAGGAUGACAUCCAGCAGAUGAAUCCUCCAAAGUUCGACAUGAUUGAAGAUAUGGCCAUGCUGACUCAUCUCAAUGAGGCGUCAGUACUUUCCAACCUGAAACGUCGCUAUGCCAACUGGAUGAUCUACGUAAGAUAACAGUAGCAUGUCUUUUCUGGAGCAUUGUAUUAUUUUUAGGUUCUAAAAUCUUGUCUAUAAUAUACUCCAUCAUAUUUACUUAUUUUCCUCUGCUUAAACAAAAUUCUAGCUUGAUCUGCGCUUAUGGUUUUACUUCAACGUCAUUGAAUUUAAAAGAGCACGCCAAGCACCACAAAUAACUUCUCCUGGCUGUAGUGGUUAUGGUGCCAGGUGUUCCUUGGUCACCCCCUCUACAUUUUAAGUAGUUUAACUGUUUAAGAAUGGUCACCAAUGGGUUUAGCUCAGAUAUAGAUUAUGGCUCUCUGUAGAAACUAAGGCAGGGAGUCCAUCCGGCAAGAGGUCAAAGCAUUAUAAAACUGUUUGGCCCCUUACAAUGACACAUGGUAGUGAUUAUGGUGCUUGGGGUGUUCCUUUAAUGAUUACCGUUUAAGCAAGAUAAUAUAUCUUCAUGAGAGUUUCCCUACUUUUAGUCUGUAUUUGGAGCAGUCUAAUUAGUAAGCAAAGUGUUGAUCUGUUGAAUAUGUUUUGGUAAUCAAGGGUGCGUAUGCCACCAUUUCUACCCCGACCGCUGAGAGAUGACAGGUAGUAGGUUCUUCAACUCUCAUUGCUUAAUGUUAGAUCAGAUUGAGAUCAGAAUGACUUUUAACUGCCAUCUUAUCCACUGCAAAUUGGGUCAUCUUGGCCCACCAAUUAGGUGACUCGAUGAAGAUAUCUAUUGACCAGGAAAUAUGUCUGAUGUCCAGUGACUAGAACCACAAUCCCCCAUCAAAGCAUAUAAGGAAUAGCAGGGCAGUUGUAAAGAUUAAAUGAAGCUUCAAGUGAUGAGUCUAUAAACACCAAUUCUGGGGCAAAGUGCUCACAGCGUAUUGUUUUAUGGUUAAUAUUUUUUGGAGGGUGAUCUGGGAAUGCUAUCUUGUUUGUUAGAGGAAUCAGAGUUUAAUUCUUUCCUCUCUCUAUAGACCUAUUCUGGGCUCUUCUGUGUAACCGUGAACCCAUACAAAUGGCUUCCUGUGUACACUGCAACUGUUGUAGCUGCCUACAGAGGCAAGAGGCGCUCCGAGGCUCCACCACACAUCUAUUCCAUCGCCGAUAACGCAUACAAUGAGAUGGUGCGCAGUAAGUAUCAUGGACGUGCAACACUUUAUUUAACCAUUAUGAUAUUGAUGCCCUUAUCCAGAGGGAAUUACAUAGACUAGCAAUAAUACCGUGAUAUUACAGUCACAAAGUACUUUAAACGCUGAGUUCACUAAACGGGACUGAGUUCACUUAAUUACCUUCAAAUUAAUUUAAUGUUUUUUAAUACCAUUUGUGUCCUUUAACUGUUUUGAUGCAUCAGCAAAGAUCUUAGCCUUAAAUACGGGCUUAAAAAUGCAUCUAAACCAACUGAGAUUUAGUUUUCUUGUUUUGUUUGUUUUUUGUUUUUUUGUCCAAAAAAAUGCUUCACUUUUGUCUGAAAAUUUGUUACUUUUCUCUUUUUAGAUCGUGAAAACCAAUCCAUGUUGAUCACGUAAGUACUUUUUUGUAAAUGUUAUACAGUUAUGUUGUAUAUGUUAUACAGAAUCUCGUGGCUAUCGAGAAUUUUUGGUACUGUAAUGUUUGAGAGCCCUGCCUAAAAGCAUACUUAGAUUUGUAUUAGUUUUACCGGAUAAUUGACUCUAAACAAACAUAUAUGCCUAACCUUAAUCCUGGCGGCAUCCAUAAAAGGCCAGGCUAUUAUAUUUUAUAUUAAAAUGUGACUAUACAUUGUACCCAUCAUCACCGUUGGUGCCAAGGCCCUAUCAUUGGUAGCCUGGUGCAGAGUUGCUAUUCAAUAAAAAGAGGACUUAAUAAUGAAGAUACUUUCCCAUGUCAAUGGAUAGUGAACUAGUCUCAGUGCAUUCUUAUUUGUGUGUCCAACUAGUAAGCACCCAUGUUGCAUCCUAAACGCCCCACAGUUAAGCUAAGGUAGCCCAAAUGUUAAGUUUUGCUGUAUUUUUCUUUUUAUAUAUUGGACAAAUAUUCAAGCCUUUUUGAAAGACAAGAAUCGUUGGGUUUCUCAUAGGAAAGGUAGUCUGCGGAAUCUAAAAUGCCAAAGAUUACCCAUCACAGUUAUGAACAGACAUUCCAACUUUUUAAACAAUAGGCUCACUAAACCUGAUUAGCUUGCAGGGAAAGGCUAAAUUAAGAAGGGUGCUCUACCAUGCACCAUUCACAGAUCCAGCCGGCGUCAUUGCCUAAUUAGGUAAACGCUAGAUAAGGCAUUAAGCUUGGCCAUUAUCCUGCAGCAGCUAUAAUACUAUCAUUGUCCGAACUCUUUGUUAUCUUGGGCCACUGUUUAGUGCCAACAGCUAAAGCUAUUUAUAGCAGUGAAAUCAUUGUGGAACAAUGGGGAGCGACUGCUGUGAUAUAAAGCACAGCAAUUUAUCAGAGCUGUCAGUCUCCGUAACCCAACACCCAAAGGGAACUGGUACCAAAACUGAUAGCGGCUAUUAAGGUUGUAUAAAAAAUACACCGUACUUUAGAUCACAGCCUUUCUACCCUUUGGAUUACCAGGCGACCCUUUAAGAAGAAUGGAAAUAAAUUAUGUAUACUAAAGAUCUUCUUUAAAAUCAAUUUUAAAACUUCAAAUACGGUUUUAUUUGUCUUACUCUACACUUGUGUAGUGGUGUGUUCAAUAAGUGUGCUAGAUGUAGGAACUGUUUAUUCUCCCUGUCACACAUUUAGAUGCCUACCCAUAGUAAUGUUUUGUCGCAUAUUGUAUGGUGAUCUACUAAAAAUAUAGAAUUGGCUUUAGCCUUUUAUACACUUAAUUGUCACUGAGAAAAAAAAUGCUUGCGAAAAUUCAAAUAUAUAUACAUAUUAAUAUAUACACAUAUACGUUAAUAUGUACAUAUAUAUAAUUGCAAAAUAAUCAGGGUAUUGCAGUAUGCAAUGAUACAUUUUUGUGCUGUUGUACUUUUGAAACACAACAUUAUCACAAUUCCCUAUUCAUAUUUACAUAUCUGGAGGUUUUAGUGUAUGUAUUGGGGCUGCCGCCCAGGAGUAGUGGGAGUCUGGGCGCAGAACGUAUUUUUCUCUAUAAAAUUUCAAAAACAAGCAAAAGAAUUCCUCUUUUGGGUCAGACAUGAGAAAGAGAGGAAAUCACUCGAAAACUCUAGUAAAAAAAAAAAGUACCAUUGCAUACUGCAAUAGUCUCGCUGUUCAGGCAUCGUGUGUCCUGGACUAAUACGACUAAUCCGAUCUACAUUAUAUAAAUGUAUAUAGUAGAUUGAAUUAUAUUGACAUCGUGUCUACUGGACUAAUAUGGCUAAACCAAUCUACCUUACAGAAAUAUAUAUAGAGGAUUGAUUUAUGAUGUAGAUUGGAAUAUAUAUAUUUUUUUUGGGACUAAUUAAUAGUUAGUCGACUAAUAAAAAGUGAAUAAAAAUACUGUGUACACACUUAUCAAAUGAGAUAUGCUAGCUUGAUUCCACUAUCCAUUUCAAUGAAAAUGACCAGUUAAUUAAUUUGACACUAUUACUAUUAUUGUACAUGUUACGGUUGUUACGGUUUGUAAUGAAUCAGUCUUCUGCCUGUCUGUUUGUCGUUCUGCCUGUCUGUUUGUCGUUCUGUCUGUCUGUUUUUCUUUCUGUCCGUCUGUUUCAUGCCACAAACAAGUAUUUUUACAUAGCUGAUUGCCUGCUUUGGUUGGCUAUGACUGUGUAUCUCAUACUUGUGUGAACAGUUAGGUAGAUAGAAAAUUUGGGGAAACUGGCCUUGAAUCUGCUCCAUUUGGGCAGACAUCUCUAAAUAAUCAAUUAAUUUAAAUUUUGCCAUGGUCCUAAGCCUGUGAGGAAAAUCCUUAUAUCAAACUCAGGAUCAUGAAGGUUCUACCAAGCUGACCAGAGCUUCGGCAUUCAUCGUGGUGUGGUAUUAACUAUGGCCUUGGCCAACCUGCCAACGGGUCCUGCUGGAUUCCAUUGUGUGUCCUGGAGAGCUAAAUUCACGUUCACUUUAAUGAAUCUUUAAAGUGUUCCUCAACUGUAGCAAAAUAUUUGUGGGUCUGAUCUCUAGACAAGAUAUGUGUGUAUAACAAAUCGAAGCAUACCUCCCAACAUUUUAAAUGGACGAGAAGGGACUGUUUAACUUUUUUGGGGUGUGAGUCGGGGUGUUGCCAUGGGCAGGUCUAUUUGAAAAUUUUAGGUGACUUACUGAUAAAAAUAUAUGAAACUAAAAUGUUAUUUUGGAACAAGAACAAUGUAUCUUAUUCUAAACACAUUUAUUGUAGUUUAUUUAUUUUUUUUAAUUCUUUAUUUUUAUGUUUUUUGCUCAAACAUUUAUAAUUACCAAGUAUCAACGGUUGGGCUUACGCAGAAGCCAAAUCAUGGGUAACAUCUUAACAGUUACAUGCAAUUCAAUCUUUACAGUAUGUGUUCAUAUUUAGCGGAGCCAUGAGGGAAUACCCUCUUUGAAGGAUUUUUAAUAAUAUAAUUCCUCGGUAUAUUUUAUCGGUUUGACCGGAUUACCUAGGUGUGGAGGGGAAGUGUCCCUGACACAGCGGCAAAUUGAGGCUUAACGAUGAGCUAUAUAAUGUUUCAUAUGUCGUGUAAGUCUUGUGCCGUUAUUGGUAUAUCUGUAUUGUCAGUAUCCGAUCUGUAGUUUGAUAUUUUCAGUUCCUUAGAUAUAUUUAUAGGAUUAAUAGUCUGAGGUCUAUCUGGGAUUGCUAGGGUUCCCAUUACGUUCGUUACGUUGACCUUGUCUGAGGAGGUUGGUAUGCAGAGUAAUUAUCGAAUAAGAAAUUGAUUUUUCCCGUACAGAUGCGGGAGGAGAAAAAUUAAGGAAUUAGAAUAAGGGAGACUGAGAAAGAGAAAGGGAAAGUAGUAUAAAGUAAAGAAGCAUUAUAUAGUGAAUGCGGUGACCCAGAGGCGGCGAGGAAAGGACGUCAAGGGAUGAUAUCCGGGGGGGGGAGGGGGACAGCAGGCUCAGCCAGAUGUCCCUAUGCCAAGUGCGUCGAAUGGGUCCUCCGGACGGGGGAGGACUCCGCUGCUGGUUUAGUUUUACUGUUAGGACCCCUUUACAUCUUUCUUUCAAUCCUAUCUGUCCUCUCUAGAACCCACUACGCUAUUAUCCCACGGUUCCCAGAGUUUUAGGAAUGUUUCUGUCGAUCCCUUCACUCUUGCUGUUAAGUCGUCCAUAAUCCUACAUUCGCGGAUCCUGGAUACCACUCCCGGAUUUAUUGUAGUUUAAAUACACAUUACUGUGAGUAUUAUUGCUGUGGAGCUCUGUUAUACACUCAGACACAACAACAAUAUGGCGCUCUUGGAAAAGGGGAAUGAUAUGAUAGAAAAGAGGUGCAGAGGGAUUUGGGCCCAAAAUAUUGACUUUUCCUCCUAAAUAGGACACUUGGGAGGUAUGUGAAGGAAAUAAUGAAAAAGUGAUGCUGAGAUUAGUUCUGAAUCAUAAUUUAUUGAUCUUUACUCCCUGUCUGAAUGACUAAAAUUAACUUAUUCCUUUUUGCCAAUUCUUGAAUGGAUUCUAGAAUCUAUCAAAUCUAUACAAUAUCAUCUUUGCUCAUUCUUGAAUGGAUUCUAGAAUCUAUAAAAUCUAUACAAUAUUAUCUUUGCUAAUUCUUGAAUGGAUUCUAGAAUCUAUAAAAUCUAUACAAUAUUAUCUUUGCUAAUUCUUACUGUUCACAUUUAUAUCUGUUUCUUAACCGAUUCACAUAUUUCUGUUGCCCAAAGUGGAGAAUCCGGUGCAGGCAAAACUGUUAACACAAAACGUGUAAUCCAGUACUUUGCCAUAGUGGCAGCCCUUGGGGAAGGGAUCGGAAAGAAGAGCGUAAGAUUACGUUUUGGGCAGCGCUGCCCUUGGAGUGAUAUUUUACCUUUUUCUUUUUAUCCCUUGCUUUUUUUAUUCUUGAUUUUUUUUUUUAUCUUGUUUUUUAUUUAUUUUUAUCUUUUAUCAUGCUUUUUUCCCAUGGAUUAAUGUGUUUUUCUUUUCUUCAUAACCUCUUGGCCCCAAUACGGGAUCUCAUUUAAUCACUUCCAUUUCCUAGAAAAAAAAAACAACAAUCUUCUAUUCGAUUUUAUAUAAUAAUUCAUAAUCCCUACAAACAUCCUUUCACUAAAACUCCUACAAAAAUUAUCCUUUUAUUUAAAAAAAACGGCUUUUUGCUUUCUUUCAAUUAAUAUCUACUCUUGUUUUACCCGACUAUUUUAAUUUCUUUACUCGCUGUCAUCAGCUUUUUCCAUGUAACUCAAGAUCAUUGCGUUUUGUUUGUUUGUUUUUUUUAUUCAAUUUUUUCAUUUUGCAAAAUUCAUUUUUUCCACUUUUUAAACUGAAUUUUAGUCUUGUUAUGGUGUUUUUUGUGUUUUUUUUGUGAGUGUUUUUUUUAAAGCAACAUCCUUUCACUGAAUUUUUACAACCAACCGUUAAAUCUUUAUCCUUCUUGCAACUAAAAAAACCAGAAAUUCAUGAUUUACAUCUCUUUGCAAAUGAAAUUAAAUUUGGAUCUAAUCUGUUCCAGUUUCUACUAUCUGCUUUCUUUCCAUGUAAAAUUAUAACUGUUUAGCGUUUUCUAUUUUGCAAGUUCCUAGCGCUUUUCUUUUUCCCUUUCAUAAAAUUGUAUUCAUUCAUGAUGGUUUUUCCCCCCUCUUAUCUUUUUUUUAGUAGAUCGUUUUGGCUGUGUUUUUACGAAUCCCAAUUGUAUUGUUCUUCUUUUGCAUAACGCUUCUUUCCCUUCCUUGCUUUUUAUAAAGUAUAACUCAUCCUUGUUUGUGGCAGCUUUAGAAUUUACAUUCAGUUUUAACUUUGUUUACGCUCACGGGAGCUAAUAUUUCACGGUCACUACAAUCAAACAUUUUAUUUGUUUUUCUUUAUAUUUUCAGCAGGCUCCGGCUACAAAAACUGGGGUAAGUCUGUGGAUUAAAAAGCAUAAAUUUAAAAAAAAAUUGUCAGUCACUUUAAAGGGACCCUUUAUUUUUGAUAUGAUAUUUACUAAUACCCUAUAUUUAACAAAUACCUAUAAGUUUGAAAAAUAAAAUUAAGUGAAUAAAUCUCUGUCUUAUUAUCCUGUAACUGGAUGACUCCAUUUUAGCUCCUUGUCAAUCCAAUCUCUAGGAUCACAGGCAUUUGAGGAUAUAGGGAUCAUCCAGUUCUGUUCCAAUAAACAUACAGAGAAGUCGUAGUCUGAAGUGGAUGCGGAAAUAGUCAUUGAAGGGACACUCCACUGCCCAGAAACAAACAGAAAUGACUGUUUAGUAGAUAUAAUCCCGAUGAAAACAUGUAUGCAUUAAAUUAUGCAUUUUGUCAUUAGGGGUGUAUCUAAAAACAGUUUGCAAAUGCUGCAGAUCUCUUGUGUGCUGCCUUUGCAAGCCCUCCCCUUCUAACCCAGCCCAGACUUUCUGUGGCUCUCCAAUCACGGACUUCCCAAUGCAGCUCAAUGAGAGGUCUUUGGAAGGCAGGUGCUCUGGGCAAGUAUCUGCUUCUUCAGUUUAAGGCCACUGAGCUAAUAAACCAGGAAGUAACAGGACUGUCUGUUUGAUUGGCAGCCAGUGGGGUGUUUCACGGUUAAUUUAUAAAAGAGACAAUUUCUAUUGAAAACUGCUUUUUUUGUAAAAUGAAAUAAAAAGGACACAUUAUUCACACAUAAACACUUCCAAUAAGUUUUUUGUCUGUGGAGUGGGCCUUUAAGGACAGCCUGGAAAAAUGAUAUGCCGUACUUUCAGUCUGGCUACUCUGGCCUUAAAUUUGAAAUUUACUUUGAAUUCUCGCUUUGGUGAAAUACCCUGUCAGUUACAGACCCUACAAAGCCAAUCAAAGCCAUAUUUUUUUCUUUUAACUGUUAAAAAUCUAUUUAUAUAGAUUUAAUUUAUUCCAUAUCACUGUUUAUAGAGGCAUAAAGACUUUGUUACAGAUAUUAACAUCAGGAAACAGACAGUACUACAAUACUUUAAAGGUUCUAUGAGUUUUAAAAAAAUUCUUGUAUUGUUGGAUAUAUAAGUAUAUUUUGUCUAUUUUCAUGUGUUGUCAUUUGUUAAAUAAAUAAAACAGAUCUGGAAAUUGGUGCUUUUGUCUAGGGUAAAGGUUUGUUAGUGAAUUUGGACAUUUUCCCAAAUACUGGCUUGUAAUGCAAGCUCAAAGGAAAUUGUAUUCUCCAAAGCUCUAAAAAUUAUGCAUGCAAGUAAAUGUAUCUUUGAAGAUAUUGUUUUUGCGCAUGUGUAAUAUAGUAUUCUUUGUAACAAUCAUAUGUUUAAAGUUUUAUUUUCUAGUGAACGGCUGGCUACCAUUGCAGCCUUGCCACACCAUCUCACAUUUCAAUUUUUUGCAGGGGACCUUGGAAGAUCAAAUCAUCGAGGCUAACCCAGCAAUGGAGUCUUUUGGCAAUGCCAAAACUCUGAGAAAUGAUAAUUCCUCUCGUUUCGUAAGUAGUUUGUGGGUAUAUAUUUUCAACAAAAAUGUGUGUAUAAUAAAUUUAGCCCCCAAAACACAGGAAUCAGAAUAAAUUGAAUUAUAUUUAAAAUGAAGUCCUCCGCUUACUGUCAGCCAAACAUUAUGCAGUCUUGUAGUUCCUGCACAGUUCCAUGAUAAGUUCAUUGAAACCUGCUGAGGAUAGCUGAUCUCAAGUGGAGCUCACUAUACACAUUUUAUGGAUGUUUCAAGCACCAUAACUGCUACAGCUGAUUGUAAAGAAGCGCUCCAUACCCCUAAAACACUUCAGCUGUAGUGGUUAUGGUACUAGAUGUGCUCUUGCACUCCUCCGAAACAAACCAUUUCAGAAUGGUUUGAAAACCUACCUAGGUGUCAUGAGCAACGGAACUGCUUCUGAUCUCCUGCAGGAGAAACCGAAUGUCUGGUCCAGCCACUCUCAGCUAAUGAAUGCGGUCAUGCAUGGCCCUGCUUAGCUAACCAAAUUCUUCUGCAAGUAUAACCUGGAAGCAGAAGAGGGUGCCCAGUGGAACCCGGGUAAGUGGUCAAUGAUGUCAUGGCGUUAGGGGGGAUUAUAUCUGUAUAUGAAGAGUGGAGAACAUGUAUGUUGAGGUCAAUGCAUUUGGAGAGUUGAUGCCUAUUGAUAAAAUAUUUUACUUAUUUCUGUUUCACAGGGAAAGUUUAUCCGAAUACAUUUUGGACCAACUGGAAAGUUGGCUUCGGCCGACAUUGACAUUUGUAAGUAUAUAGCACUGUAGAAGUGGUAGCACAGAAAAAAGAUGACAUACUGUGAAUUAUAAUCAUGUGAAUUAUCAGUCAUGUAAUUGGUCAUACCAGACAGGCAAUUGUGUACCAUAAAUACGGUUACCAUGGAGAUGCUGACACUAAACUAGCUUUAAAUGUUUUUGAAAUCUUAAUUUAUACUCCAGUAGUUAGUAUUACUGAAACUACCUGAAGCCCAAAUUGAUUGUAUUGUUAGAUAAUAGGUCACCUCUUAUUUAAUCUAAUUUUGACUAUAGUGCAUUUUGAUGCAGUUUCCCUUGGAAUUGCCAGAGCUUUUCAAGUGUUAUGGAUACUACUAAGUCUGUGGAGAGCUGCCAGAUUCGGAUGAACUUUGUAGGAAUGUUGAACAGCCAGAGUUUCUGUAGAAUAUGAGUUCAGCUGAAGUCGAGAAAUGUCCGUGCAGAUGCAUAUUAGAACUCUGUGCAACUCUGUGAAAAAAUAAUUGUAUCUGGUUCUGCACAAAUUUAGUUAGGCUGUCCUAAACCUUAGUUCUUGAACACCGUGCCUAAAAACUAAAGAUCAGAUUGCACCUAUUCCUAAAAAUAAUCUCACAAAUCAGAUCCUGGGAUAACACCUUCUUGUUUCUGUUGGUGAGUUAAUCAUUGUUGAGUUAUUGGUUUGUCAAGCAGCUAAGCCUUUGAUGCACAUCCUACAAAAUGUUCUUGUUUUUUUUUUUACACCCUUUAAUUUUUUUUUUAGACCUCUUGGAAAAAUCAAGAGUGAUUUUCCAGCAGCCUGGGGAGAGAAGUUACCAUAUAUAUUACCAGAUCCUAUCUGGAAAGAAGCCAGAACUUCAAGGUGAGUGUGAACAAGCAUGUUUAGACAUGACGGAAGGUCUAAGCAAAUGUUGGCUUGAAAUAGCACUCCUAUUCCUUCUCGUAUAACAGCUUGUUGUGGUUCUGGUUUAAUACCCAUCUAGUGUCUGCGCACGUUUUUGAACUAACUAGUAUUUGACCGAUCAUUAAGACUGAAAGGUCUUUAUAAAAUAGUGUUCAUUUUAUGUUUUUUUAAAUUGCUUGGACAGUGGAUGUUAAAUGAUGUUAUAUAACUUACUUUUGUAUUAUUUAUAAUAUACCGCACAUUUAGGAAGUGGGGAUUCGUUUUGUAUGGUCAGCAUUGUACCCUAGGUGAAAUUAGUUGCCAUCAAGAUCCUCUCUGCUCUGGAUAUUCCCCUUAGGCUUUUAUUUUAUUGCUUUUUUGGGUAUGGUUUGGGUUGUUGUUGGUUUUUUUUUUUGGUGUUCAGAUAGAAUUAGCACUUGUAUGUAUAUGUCAGGAACAUAAAUGGCAAUAUAAAAAAAACAUUAGACAUCAGUAAGACCUGUUGAGAUGGUGGCACAUGAAAAAUAGCAAUAAGCGUGUUCAAGGCUAGUAUAUGUAACCAUGUUUUCUUAGACAGUAGGAUUUACACAAUCUGCUGUACUACCUUAGUAAUGAAGAAAUUAUAACUGCACUUGUAAUGUGGAAAGUUAAUGGUAGGCUAUGUAUGAUGAGCUAUUCUUUGUCACAGUUCUUAAGUGAAACAACCUCCAUGGAAACAAGUGGAAUGUAACACCUUCGGAACAUUGCUCCAGAAUUGCUUUUUAAAACUUCUACCACUUCUGUUGAGAUAUUUCUUAAACUCCCCGAUUAAUACAGAGAUUAUCUUACAGACAUGUUGCUGCUCUCCACCAAUCCCUAUGAUUACCACUUCUGCUCACAAGGUGUAACAACCGUCGAUAACUUGGACGAUGGAGAAGAACUCAUGGCCACUGAUGUAAGUAUCACAUCACAAACAAUAAGACAAUAAUCAAUGUUUAUUGUGCAAGGAUGUAGUAAUAAUAAAACUGGAAUAGAUGUUAUCCACCCAAGUAGCAAAAUAGAGCCAUCUUUUUUAAUAGUUUGUUAAAACAUCAAUAUAUGCCUCUUGGGUUGAGUAUAUAUUUUUAUGACUACCUAUGGAUGCCUAGACCAAAAUGUAGUUUUCAUUAGAAGAAAAUAGUCAGCUAGACGCAGAGGUACCCGGUAUGACCAAAAUAGGGUAUAAGGUCCAUGGUUAACAUCUCAUGGAUAAGUUGACUGCUCAAGUCCACCAGACUAUGGCUUCCUUUAAUAAACCAUGGCAGAAAUGAGAAAAUUAAAAAGGAACGUGAGACUGAUUUUUUAACAGGACAAAUGACCCACCUUUUACAAUUAUCUAUCAAUUUUGUUUUCUUGGCAUCUUUCCUUCUUUCUUCUCUAAUUUCUGUGUUAUUACACUGGUGUCAUUUGAACACGUUAUCUGUUUAAAGAAGCCAUUGAGAAUAAUAAUAAUUAUGUUCUUAUUUACUGAUAAAAAUAUGGCCUUCUCUCCCCCUCCCCCCCCUCCUAAAAAUAUUCAAAUAUCUAAGUUCUACAACAUUACGUCCCAAGAGGUAUUUAUCUGCCACAGGACAACCCCCACCCACGUAGGGACAUUUGGGUGGACAUGAUGCUUACACACGGACGGGCCGAAAGCCACCUUUCAUGUGAUAAUAUCAACAUGACGUUAAACUUUUACUAUAUGACACACUGCUUUUUCGAAAGUUGUACUGUUCAACCAAUUGACUGUAACAUGCUCUAAGCAAACUAUUCAAUAAAAACACAAUAAAUAUAAAAAAUCUGUCCUUGAGUCGCUGUUCAAGGAUUUUAUAUAUUCACCAAUAUACACAUCAUGUAAAACACUUAUAUCGACAACUUAUAACAUGUGAAUGUGGAUGUAACAGUGACACCUGGCUCUUUGAAAAUUAAGGAUAAAACAUAACAAAACAAAAAAGUAGGCAGCAUAAGUACACUAUCACAUGAAAGUCCAAAUUCACCGACACAAAACACUGAGUGCUCUCUGAUGUUCAGGAAAGGAAAUGGUGUUUCCUUUUUAAAUCUCGGAUACAUGUUGUAUCCGAGAUUGGGUCACUGGUAAAAUUGUACAACUGAAAAAUGUGUUGCCAAUCCAAUAAGAUUUAUACAAACUGGGAUGCAAAGCAGGGGCUUAUGCAGAUAACGAUGACUUGAAGUAAGAAUAAAAACACAAUAACUAUAGCUCGGCAUUCUAUAGGACUUCUGAUAAAUUUCUAGUUUUCUCCAAGCAUAUGCAACAUGAUCCUAUGUAGGGAACUCAUGCCAGGAACACAAAUGCACCGAUACACGAUUUACAAUAUGGUAUCUUUCUCCAGCACGCCAUGGACAUUCUUGGUUUCAGUCAAGAUGAGAAGACAGCCAGCUAUAAAAUAGUAGGCGCCGUCAUGCACUUUGGAAAUAUGAAGUUUAAGCAGAAGCAGAGGGAGGAGCAGGCAGAAGCCGAAGGCACUGAAAGUGAGUGUGUAUCUUUUCUAGUGACUGUCCAACAGUUGUCCUGCUAUCAUUACAUGACCUUGACCAUCCUGGUCAAGCGUCUUAGUGGGCGGCCAUACUGUUAUUGGAAGUACUGGGCUGAAAAUGGGCAAUAAAGAGUAUCUACAUAUCCGUUUUAUUUCACAACUUAAACAUUGGAAACAGUGCAAAAAAAAGCAUUUUAAAGAACUUAAUCAAGUACAUGUUCAAUUUGAACUUAAUUGGUAAAAUGGUUAUUUUGCCAUGGGUAAUUAUUUGAUGAAUUUCAAUGUUGUGAAAUGUACAUUGAAUCUAGACACUGAGGUUUAAAUGAUUGUAGUAUAUUGAUUUGUAUAGGUGCUGACAAGGCGGCUUACCUAAUGGGCAUCAGCUCAGCUGACCUCAUUAAAGGUUUACUCCACCCAAGAGUUAAGAUUGGAAAUGAAUAUGUGACCAAAGGUCAAAAUGUGGAACAGGUAAGUCCUUGCAGUUCCAUACAUGUGUUGUUAUAAGUCUUGUUGAUAUAAUAAACCCUCAGCUUUGUUUUCCUUCUAUCAACUGAGUCUAGGCUCAGGCCAUUAUUAUACGAGGAAAACAAAAAGAAUUAACCUAGGGCCAAAAUUUAGAUAUCACAAGGUAGAGGGCACAAAAAAGGGGGGUAACCCCUAAAUGGUGAAUAUCAUAGGGAAUAAACAGAAAAAGAAACAAAUGCCAUUCUACCUGUGUAUGAUUUACUGAGAGGACUGUAGAUUAAAAAGUAACUUUUAAUAAAUAAAUCUAAAAUAAGAAUAUAAAAGGCUCAGGCCAUGACCCAUGCUCAUAAAAGUUUACAUAACUCAGAUACAAAUUGGUCCCAUUAUUAUAUUGCCUCAAGAGAUGACUUCUCUUUUGGGCUGUAGUAGGUGCAGGGGGCAUAUGGACGGUGGGAGGAUAGUGCCUGCAGUGGGAGCAGUGAGGGAUAGGGGCUGUAGUGAGUACAGGGAGGGAUAAGGUUAUGUAUGUCUUUAUUGCCAGUAAAAUGAUACUAGCCAACCGUGCGACAUAGAAAGGCAAGGUAACAUUAUGUAUGUGUAUAUUGCCAGUACAAUGAUACUAGCCAACCGUGCGACAUAGAAAGGCAAGGUAACAUUAUCUAUGUGUAUAUUGCCAGUACAAUGAUACUAGCCAACCGUGCGACAUAGAAAGGCAAGGUAACAUUAUGUAUGUGUAUAUUGCCAGUACAAUGAUACUAGCCAACCGUGCGACAUAGAAAGGCAAGGUAACAUUAUGUAUGUGUAUAUUCCCAGUAAAAUGAUACUAGCCAACCGUGCGACAUAGAAAGGCAAGGUAACAUUAUGUAUGUGUAUAUUGCCAGUACAAUGAUACUAGCCAACCGUGCGACAUAGAAAGGCAAGGUAACAUUAUCUAUGUGUAUAUUGCCAGUCAAUGAUACUAGCCAACCGUGCGACAUAGAAAGGCAAGGUAACAUUAUCUAUGUGUAUAUUGCCAGUACAAUGAUACUAGCCAACCGUGCGACAUAGAAAGGCAAGGUAACAUUAUGUAUGUGUAUAUUGCCAGUACAAUGAUACUAGCCAACCGUGCGACAUAGAAAGGCAAGGUAACAUUAUGUAUGUGUAUAUUGCCAGUAAAAUGAUACUAGCCAACCGUGCGACAUAGAAAGGCAAGGUAACAUUAUGUAUGUGUAUAUUCCCAGUAGAGUGAUACUAGCCAACCGUGCGACAUAGAAAGGCAAGGUAACAUUAUCUAUGUGUAUAUUGCCAGUAAAAUGAUACUAGCCAACCGUGCGACAUAGAAAGGCAAGGUAACAUUAUGUAUGUGUAUAUUGCCAGUACAAUGAUACUAGCCAACCGUGCGACAUAGAAAGGCAAGGUAACAUUAUCUAUGUGUAUAUUCCCAGUAAAAUGAUACUAGCCAACCGUGCGACAUAGAAAGGCAAGGUAACAUUAUGUAUGUGUAUAUUCCCAGUAGAGUGAUACUAGCCAACCGUGCGACAUAGAAAGGCAAGGUAACAUUAUGUAUGUGUAUAUUGCCAGUACAAUGAUACUAGCCAACCAUGCGACAUAGAAAGGCAAGGUAACAUUAUGUAUGUGUAUAUUGCCAGUAAAAUGAUACUAGCCAACCGUGCGACAUAGAAAGGCAAGGUAACAUUAUCUAUGUGUAUAUUGCCAGUAAAAUGAUACUAGCCAACCGUGUGACAUAGAAAGGCAAGGUAACAUUAUCUAUGUGUAUAUUUGCUAACUAGUCAUGUGAGAUAGAAAAGGUAACAGGUAACUUUAUUUAUGUGUAUAUUUCUGGUUACUUUUUUUGCCAUUUUUCAAAGAAGCACAUGUUCAGUAGUUCAGAUGAGUUAUCAGCUGAUGCUACAUUUUGUUAGGCAUAAACUGAAUAUCAAAUCAGUGAAUGAAGCCCAUCACCACACAGUUACGUUGAUGAUAAGACAAUAGAGGGAUGCUGUGUUUUUCUGUAGCUGAGUGGCUAUUAAUGUGUCUAUUAUUAACUGCGAACCUUUUCCCAACACCCUCUCUUUUGUAGGUCGUUUUUGCAGUUGGUGCUUUGGCGAAGGCUACAUAUGACCGCAUGUUCAAGUGGCUUGUUAGUCGAAUUAACAGGACGCUGGACACAAAACUAUCCAGACAGUUCUUCAUAGGAGUCCUGGAUAUUGCCGGCUUUGAAAUAUUCGAGGUAAUUCUUCUAUUCAGCCUAACGUUAAAGAAAAAAAACAGCAAUAUACAAAAAAGCAUUUUCCUACAUUCAAAAUUGAUUUUGUGUUCCUUAUGGUUUAAUUUUCUUUUUUUUAAAUUUAUUUAUUUCUUUUUAUUUUAUAUUAUAUUUUUGCAUUGCAUAAGGUUAUUACAGACACGCCUGAGGCACCCCAAUGGCAAUCUUCAGGCAUAACAUCACGCUUAACAUUUGGGGCACCAGAGCUAACAUGCACAAUUUUAAAUUAUAUUAAAUUAAAGCAAGGUUUAAGCAGGUAAGGCACAUGAGUGUAACUAAAACUUUGAGACAAGUAAAAAAUAUGCUACAUGCCUGUCUAGGGAGAUGUGGUUCCACCUUGAGGGUCUUAGUGUAAUAGGAGUGAGAGUCUGGGUUGGUUAGAGCAUUUGGAGACUUGCCAGCUGAAGAGUCUGUAUGCGUUAUUGGGAGAGAUGCAGGAAGGCUUCCUGUCUCUCAACCUAUGCCCAUCAGUGACAGGUCACAGUCCCAUUGAGUGGUGCUAGUCUGCCAGUCAAGUACUGUCUAAGUCGGCAAGAUGGCACUGUGGUGAUAAGUCAGGCGGUGCAAGGUGAUCCGCUGUCCGCUUCGUGUUUCAUCCCACUCAGAGAACUCCUGCCCGGGCUUGGACAAGCCCCUCCACAGCCCAUGUCUGUGUGAAACUUUUCUCCAGCACUGCCGCUGCUGUCCACCUUGCCUGAGACGGGUCUUCACAGGGCCGGCAGCCACGUGGCGGUUCAUUUUCUUUUUUUAUAUCUUUAUUAACAUGGCAUAUUUUAUUGUAUAAAAAAAAUGAUUCUUGACUUUUAUUUAAUGUGAUCUCUAGAGUACGAUGUGACACACUUGGUCCCAAACAGUUAUUACACACAUAUUUGGUUAUUAUAUUGUAAUAUAAAACAUACUGACUUUUAUCGGGAGGAAUGAGCUUAAAACAGCAUAAAAAAUACUGCACAAAUUCUGUUGUACUUUCACAAUGUGUUCGUCAAAAUAUGGAUUAAAACAAAAGGUAUAUGGUCAGUUAUCUCUUUGAUGCUUUUUAUUCCACACUUGGGGUAAAUUGGAGUUUUUUUCAUAAUAGGGAUUUCCUAGUAUAGCAGGUGUAACGAAAAUUAAAGGAACACUAUAUUCAUCUGAAUUACUUUAGUAAAAUAAAGCAGUUUUAGUGUAUAGAUCAUUCCCCUGCAAUUUCACUGCUCAAUUCACUGUCAUUUAGGAGUUAAAUCACUUUGUUUCUGUUUAUGCAGCCCUAGCCACACCUCCCCUGGCUAUGAUUGACAGAGCCUGCAUGAAAAAAAAACUGGUUUCACUUUCAAACAGAUGUAAUUUAACUUAAAUAAUUGUAUCUCAAUCUCUAAAUUGAACUUUAAUCACAUACAGGAGGCUCUUGCAGGGUCUAGCAAGCUAUUAACAUAGCAGGGGAUAAGAAAAUCUUAAUUAAACAGAACUUGCAAUAAAGAAAGCCUAAAUAGGGCUCUCUUUACAGGAAGUGUUUAUGGAAGGCUGUGCAAGUCACAUGCAGGGAGGUGUGACUAGGGUUCAUAAACAAAGGGAUUUAACUCCUAAAUGGCAGAGGAUUGAGCAGUGAGGCUGCAGGGGCAUGUUCUAUACACCAAAACUGCUUCAUUAAGCUAAAGUUGUUCAGGUGACUAUAGUGUCCCUUUAAAAUAAGUUUCAAAUUCCACAAAAACUGUAAAAGUAUGUAUGUAUCAAGCCCAAUUGUUACAAUCCUCCCCAUUCCCCGUCUCUCUCUACCGUACCCCUUAUGUUUUUUGAAGAAUGACAAAACAAUAAGAAUUGCCAAAUUUAAAAAAAUAAAACAAAAUUAGUUUCAAAUUAAGUGAUUUUCAGAAGAAUAAAAAUCAUAUUAUUCACACUGUAUGUCUCUAUUUUUUAUGAUUUAUAAAUGCUUGUUUCAAAAUUUUCUUUUUUUUUAAAUUAUUAUUAAAAUUCUAUUUUGAAUGUAAUAUUGAAACCAUGCCGUUAUCUGUCAUUAACAGUGUUUUUAUUUUUUUUAUAUUUUACAGUAUAACAGUUUUGAACAGCUCUGCAUCAAUUUCACCAAUGAGAAACUGCAACAGUUUUUCAACCAUCACAUGUUUGUCCUAGAACAGGAGGAAUAUAAGAAGGAGGGAAUCGAGUGGGUGUUUAUUGAUUUUGGGUUGGACCUUCAAGCUUGCAUUGACUUAAUAGAAAAGGUACCAUCUGCAAUAAAACAUAGAUAAUGUGAACAGAUGCAACCUGUGUUGGCUAGCACAAAAUGUGGAGUAAUGCGUAGGAUGAAGUAGUGAUACACGCAGAAACGUUGGUGGGAUUGUACAAAGAAGGAAGUGUGGUGUGGAGGACAGAGUUAUCUGUGAAAAGAUGAUUGAAUGGUGGAGAACAAUGACUGGUUGGUGUGGGUCAGGUAAAAUAAAUGAGAUGGUCAGGAAAAUUUGACAGGGUAGUGCAGAGUAUGUGUAAAUUGUCCAAGAAGAGUGCAAGGAUGGUGCAAGAAUGGUACAGGAAGUAUAAGACAGAUGGACAUGAAGAAUGGGCAUGAUGUAGAAGAUCAAAACCUUGUGUGUGUGUGGGUGCAGAGAGACAGAGAAAACAUUCAGGAAGUAGCAGAGAGAUAGGUUGGAAAAGUCAUCUGGAAGAGAGAGUGGUAAGGUAAGGUGAUGAGAGGUGGCUUUGGAGAAUGGUAGAAUAAUGUCAAAACAGAACUAGCAUGGGUUGGAGGAGGGAAUGUAAAAAUGCUAAUCUAUUAUUAAUUAGAUCUUUUUUCAUUGGAAGGUUUAAGGAAAGUAAGAGUUUAGCGUACUAUCUACACCUAAUAUAAUGUGUACAUAAUCUAUAAAUGUAAAUAUAUGUAUUUGGAUGUGGAUUAAAUCUAAAUAUGGGCUGAUCUCCUGACCCACAUUCUUCUACCAGCCUUUAGGUAUCCUGUCCAUCUUGGAAGAAGAAUGCAUGUUCCCAAAGGCAUCAGAUAUGAGCUUCAAAGCAAAGCUUUAUGACAAUCACUUGGGAAAGUCUCCCAACUUCCAGAAGCCGAAACUCGACAAGAAACGCAGAUAUGAACCUCACUUUGAGCUGGUCCAUUAUGCUGGAGUGGUAUGUAUUUUUUUAAGUAUUUUGCCGCUAUGAUGUGAGCAUUUUUUCAUCCACCCCUUCACUUCUCAUACACGCAGUGCUUCAGUGGCAGUGAGGGCUUCACAGUGUGAGAAGUGAAGAAACAUUGUCUGACAUCUCUCCCCCAGCCCUCCUGCUUACACAUUGCUGCAUUAUAUUCAACCUCCUUAGAGAAAGAGGAGCACCAGGUUAGACAAUGCAGCAGGCAUGGAGGCAAAAAGUCUGCGUCAGGGUAAAUGGAGCUCUGCCAACUCCACCCCCUGCUGCUAGCAGCCUAUGAGAAUCCAGAGGGCAAGCCUGUCUUUUACGGCAGCAUAUUUGCUCAACGAAAUGAAGGCACUGGGAACAAGUGGCGACAGCUAAUGAGUAGUAAUAAUUAACAGAACAUAAGCCACACAUGUUUGGCCAAACGUACAUAUCUUAAAGGUGUAUGUAUUCACAAAAAAAGUUAAAAAACAAAACAAAAGAAAAAACGAUUUACAUAGCUUAAUUAAUUAAUUGCAACAGAAAUUAGGGGGGCCCUGCCCCAGCUGACCCUAUGGACGAGCCUCUACUGGCUCGUGGGACAGACUUUUAAAGCUCUGACAAUUCUAGGAUUAAAAAGACAACCUGCUAAUUAUAAAAAAUACAUGUUUCUACAAAAAGAAAAAGCAGUGUAUAAUCUACAGUAGGUACUCUUAUUACUCUCAAAUAUAGCAUGGGUGGCCAGCUAUUUAGGAAUGACAUCUAUCUGAUGGAUAACUAUCCUAUGGCUCACUCCUGGUUUGUAGUUUUGCUAAAUUUUUAGCAUGUACAGUUUUAUUUGUUGAUUUUCUUUCUUUUACACAAAGUUAGAAUAUUUAGAAUAGUGGAUAAAACGGGGAUAAUAAUAAAUAACACCAGUAUUCUUAUGCUUUUCUCACACAUAAUCAUUACGUAUACUAAAGAAAAGGUUUGAUGACCCAACUGACUGCUUGACGAUGUCUGACCCAGCAGGUAAUUUAAGUCCCUUUGACACCACUACCUGCAACAUACAGUCAGCUUUAAUGUACAAACAUAAGGUUAUCUUAACCUUGAAAGAAACAUGUGUCCAUGUAAUAAAAGUACUGGCUUCAGAUGCUGUUUAAAAAGCUAGAUGACAGGAAUCCCGUGCUAAUCCCUGGUUUUGACAGGUAUCUCACGCUAAUCUCUCAUUUUGACAGGUACCCUACAAUAUUAUGGGCUGGUUGGAUAAAAAUAAGGACCCUCUGAAUGAAACCGUUGUGACAGUCUUCCAGAAAUCUUCAAAUAAACUGCUGGCCAGUCUGUAUGAAAAAUAUGCUGGCUCCUACUCAGGUAACAGCCUUAUUAUUCUUAAUUCAAAUAUUCUUACACUGUUACAAACAACUUGAUAUACAGCAGACGGUCCCCAUAAUAAAAAGGAAGAAGGUCCUUGAUCAUGAGAUGAUAUACAGCAGACGUUCUCCAAAAUAAAAGGGAAUAAGGACCCUGGAAGUCUUCAGGGUGUUAGAGCAUAAGACAGACAGAAGGUUCACUGGGGAUCAGCUCACUUGUGUUGUUUGAUGUUUUCUAGGGGUUGCUAUGAUGUGAAGAGAUGGGGUGGGGGGAGUUUGCUGUAGCAAGAAACAUAUUGACGAGAACGAGAUGCCAAGGGCAAAGACCGAAUUAGAGAGACAUGGUCAGCGUUCAUCAAGCCUUCUGUAUGAACACGCAGGCUUGGUAUGGAAGUGGGUCCAGUGUACAAGCCCCAUUUUUUUACGGCAAAGAGAUUACGUUUACUGACUCUUACAAGCUUUAUAAUUAUACAGUUAUAUGCAACUCCAUUCAAAUACAGGACAUUGCAUUGAAUCCUCGAGACCCACCAACAGUUCAGGCUUUAUCAGUGUUUUCAUUGGAACAGUAUUGGGAAUGGCUUAAACCCUGGACUCUAUGGGUGCUUGAGGACUAAGAUGGAACAGCUGACCUAGAUAAUGUAAUUAGUUACAGGAGAUAUAUCUAUGAGAUAUGACAUUUCUGCAGAUUCAAUGAUUUUAUUGAGGUUGCAGAGUUUAACACAGAGGAAAUAAACAAAUUAUGCCAAAAUAUCAAUGGUGGAAAAAUUGCCCAAUGUGUCUGCUGUGGCCUACAUUUUAAAAAUAUUUCUUUUAAGCCACUGCAAUCCAUUAUUUAAUUAAUAAAACACUACAGCUGUCGGUAGGUAACAAUAACACACAUAUGUUACUUACUAAAUUGAGAUUAUAAAACCAAAGCAACAUGUGUUACAGCUAUCAUAUUCAGCAGUCUUAAUAAUCUACCGUAAAGCAUAUACCAACAAGGGAUAUCUAUAGAAAGGCUGUUUAACCCAUGUUUAGUGGUUACGUUUAUACUGCUAGCAGCUGCACAGAGUAAAGGUCUUCCAAUCUCAAAUAAGGGUCUUCCAAUUUUAUUAUACCAGUGUAAUAGCAUUAUGGGUUUAGGUUAGCUCUAAGAUAAUUUGCCUAAUGAAUAUCCACCAAAGUGGCAAAUCUUAGGGGCACCCCAAGAAUUAUUGACUCCCUACUUCUCAAAUAAGAUGGGACCAAAUAUACUAUAAAUUCUGAUACAUUGAUGGAAAAUUUGUGGCAGGAUACACUUUGAUGAAUUUCAAUGUAUACUUAGCACGGCAUGGCUCUAAAGAGUCUGGUUUUGUUUUUGAUUGACAGAGGAACAUCAUAAAACCGGCGUCAAAGAAAAACGCAAAAAGGCAGCUUCAUUCCAAACCGUAUCACAGCUUCACAAGGUAAGGACCCAGAGGAAUCCAGAUCAGUGAAGCAAAGCACAGAUCUAAAGUGUGAAAUGGAAAUGGAAACAUAUAAAUAACAAAUAGGGCUAUGCAUCCAAUGGUAAUGAAGCCUCCCUUACUGUACACACAGUGAUAAUAUUUCUUAAAGGGACACUACAGUCACCUGAACAACUUUAGCUUAAUGAAGCAGUUUUGGUGUAUAGAACAUGCCCAUGCAGUCUCACUGAUCAAUCCUCUGCCAUUUAGCAGUUAAAUCCCUUUGUUUAUGAACCCUAAUCACACCUCCCUGCAUGUGACUUGCACAGCCUUCCAUAAACACUUCCUGUAAAGAGAGCACUAUUUAGGCCCUUCUUUAUUGCAAGUUCUGUUUAAUUAAGAUUUUCUUAUCCCCUGCUAUGUUAAUAGCUUGCUAGACCCUGCAAGAGAAUCCUGUAUGUGAUUAAAGUUCAAUUUAUAGAUUGAGAUACAAUUAUUUAAGGUAAAUUACAUCUGUUUGAAAGUGAAACCAGUUUUUUUUUUCAUGCAGACUCUGUCAAUCAUAGCCAGGGGAGGAGUGGCUAGGGCUGCAUAAACAGAAACAACGUGAUUUAACUCCUAAAUGACAGUGAAUUGAGCAAUGAAAUUGCAGGGCAAUGAUCUAUACACUAAAACUGCUUUAUUUAGCUAAAGUAAUUUAGGUGACUGUAGUGUUCCUUUAAUAUUCCUCUAUACGCAAUGCUAACGGCAUUAACUGCUACUGUUCGCACAGUGAAAUAGCGAUACCCUUUACUGUACACACUAUGGUAAUGAUCCCUCACUGCAUACACAAUGAUAUUUAAGUUUGCCCUUACUGUGCUCACUGAUAAUUGAGUAUCCACUUAGUGUAUACACCAAUUAUGCUGUCUUUCUUUACUGUACACACUGAUCUUGGUGCAUGCCCUUAUGCACACAAAAUGAUAAAUGGUCCAUCCAAAGUGAUAGAAUAUCCUCCUUUUUCUGUUCAAACCAUGCAAAUGGGACCCAUCCAUACUGUACACACACAAAUAAUGCUCUCCCUUUAAUGUACAAACAGUGAUAUACAGUUUAUACAAAGUAAUAAUGGACAUACCCUACUGGGUACACUUAGAAGUGUGAAUAUUAUGUACAUACAAAUCUUUACUGUACCCUUAAAUAAUUAUUUUAAUCCUGCUGUUAACCUAGCAAGCCCACAUUUUCUGAGCAGAUAUUGUUAGUAUAUUGAUCACAACAACAGGCCUUAAAUUAAAUUGAUAAAAACAUAAUUAAAGUUUACCUUUAAACAAAUAGCUGGAGUUAAAUGAAAGUUUUAAUAGUUCAAAUAGACCGAGAAAAUCGGACUUUUGACUUAGAAUGAUUGAAACCAUUGGUAAAAAAAAAUCAGUGGUAAGCUUUGUAUUUGGGAAAUCGAAGAAUAUAUCUAAGCGGUGAACAAAAGCUACAAAAAUAAAAGUAAUGAAGAAAAAAGAAAAAAACUUUACACUUAUAGAUAAUGAUAAACAAAAACAAAAAUCUAUGCAAGGUAGCUUAUUUGAUAUGUACGAUUCAUUGCCAACUUGGUUAGAGGGAUUCUAAUCCCUACUGAACACACAGAUUCCAAAGGCACCUUGUUCACACCAGUGGUAAUUCCAUAGCUCCAUCAUCUCAAUACAUUUUUGUACCAGUAAAAAGAUGGACUACAUAAUCCUGCGUCCAUCUAAAAUAUACUGGGUAGUAGCAAAGUUCUCCAGUAUACCAUAACCAGAUUAGAAUUCAGUUUGAAAUGUAGAAAGUUCCAUUAAAGCAACAUUCUCAUUGAUUGGUAGAUUAAAAUAUAUAAUAUAAGAAUUGACCACUUUAUUAAUGGUGCAUCUUCUCUUUGAGAGUGAGGACGUUAAGACUUGCAGUGAUGUUUAGUUAAAUCUACUUUAUGAACAUCACUUUAAGUCUGUACUUCUUCACUUUCAUCUCUACAAAUCAAAUGAAGGUGAGAAAGAGGAUGAGAGAUCGGUAAGAACUGUUUCAAAAAAGUAUGUUUUUUUAAAUCUUUUUUUGUAGUAUAUUUUAAAUUUAGAUGUUUUAUGCAUUGAAACCUUAAACACUAAAUUUAAAUUACAUUUUUCUUCUUUUAUAAGUGAAUGUUUGUUAGUCUGAGCACCAAAGCCUGGUUAGCAUACAUUCUUCGGUAUUGCUUUGUGUAUAUUUUUUGUGUUUAUUUUUUGUAGCCCACCUUCUCCUGCUAUCAGUCAGUCACAAUAUCUUCUUCUAAUAGAAACUUGACAAAGACUCCGGCAUGGAGUCAAAACGUUGUAAUUUGGCUUUUUCCUAGAAAAAGCCUUCUUUAUGCCUCAAAUUGUGUGCCCCCAACCCUUCUUGCAAUUAUUCACAAUAUCUUGCUCUGUCCAAGAUAUUUUAGUUUUGACCAUUAUUGGUAUUGUUAGACAUGGUUAAGCUUAAUGCUAUCUUUAAGACUUUUAGACACCAACUGGAAUCGAACUUGCAAGUUUUAAUAUACCUCCGAUCAGAGCUGUGUGUUCAAAUCAGUCCAUACCAGUAGACUGCUAAACACUAAUGCCAAUCUAAUGGUUCUCUAUGAAAGCAAUGGAUUGGUCAGAAUAUUGGUAUUAUUGAUAUAUAGUAGUGCACUGCUUAACCCUCUUGUAUUAAAAGCUGAUUAAAAAUGUAAGCGUUACUUUACUUUCGAUACAUUCUAAACUAUCUGUUUGUGUUUGUCAUGUAGGAAAAUCUGAAUAAGCUGAUGACCAACCUUCGGUCAACGCAGCCCCACUUUGUGCGGUGCAUUAUCCCUAAUGAGAGCAAAACCCCAGGUAGGAAAAACACUACAUCUGUUAAAAUCCACUCUACCUGGUCUUGUAUAAAACAGGGAAAUUGGUGAAGGGCUGUAGGGUUUAACGCAGUGUCCUCUCUUCUUACUCUACAAAAGUGUCAAUCUCAGCUUGAAAGAAAAGUCUCCAGUGUUAACCAAAAUGUUGCACAUGCUUUAAACCUGCCUUGGUCCUUACACCCAAUUUUGUGCCAUGUCUCUUACUGUUACUGGAUUCACAGAAAAAUGGUUUACUCUGGACCAGAGGCAAUUGGGUGGUCCUGUAUGUCAGUGCUCCUCAACCCUCUCCUCAAGGUACACCUAAUAGUCCAGGAUUGAGGGAUUACUCGGGUGUGUCUAAGGUGUUUAGAAAAAAAUCAAAAACAAACACCUUAGCGUCCAAAGUGAUUUUUUUUUUGUUUGUUUCUUUUAAACACCUUAGACACACCAGGGUAAUCCCUCAAUCCUGGACUGUUAGAUGUGCCUUGAGGAGAGGGUUGAGGAGCACUGACAGAAUUUGUCUAUUUCAAGAAGUAUCUGUAUUUUUAUAAAAUGUCUGAGUUGCACCUGUAAUGGAUCCCCUAUACUCUGACUGAGUAUCAAAUCUCGAAUGAAGCAGUGAUUAAAGCUCUGAGCUACCCAAACAUCAGCCUAGACUUGAUGAAGGGUACAACAGGAAUGUUUUAUUAUGGCCAGAUGGCCUGCUUAUAUACACAUCAAGAAUACAGUCAAACACGCCCAGAACACUCCCACAACACACCCAUGAAUUUCUGAGUCAGAAUGACUGUGCAUACAAACAUAAAAUGUAAAAAAUACAUAAAAAUACAUAUAAGACAUAGAGGAACUCCCACAAAUAUUAUAUUGUUAGAUAGCCAUGAUCUGAGCACCCAAGUUCUCCAAAUAGCGCUCAGAUCCAUGCAGUGUAGGGGAAAUGCCACCGUGUUAAAAUUCUGACCAGACGCACACGUGGUCCUAUACCCAAAACAGUUCCAGGAUGUAGCGGAGGCCUGAUAUUUCACAGGUUAACUCCAUUAAGAUCCCAGUGAGGCUCAGGAACAAGUGAUGAAAAAUCCCAUAAAGUAAUAAUUCCAGCAAGCAAGGUAAUCCAAGAAUAUCCCCAUACAGAUCCCAAUGACUGGACGACACACAGCAUCAGGAGCAGAACUAACUUUUAUUCCACACAACCUCCUUUUAAAGCAUUCUCCCAUGCAAGGGAGGGAUUCACAUUCAUUAGUACAGUAUCCAGUGGAGUAGCAGUUACCUCCCACACAUCUCCUCCCCUCAGUAUGACACUUAAUCCUAUCACACAGGUUAUAGUUUUCCCCAAGUUCUGGAUGUACCCUAAGAUCAGCAGAUACACCAAUACUUUAGGUACCCCCUGGUAGCCCUGAUAUGGGUGACUAACAUAUCCAAAAUUCACCCAGAUCGGACCAGGGGUUCGGGAGUUAGGUGGAGGGUAUAAUUUGACCGACCGCACACGAGGUAUCCGAAAAGGGUUCCAUGUAUUUUGGCCCUCCGGUCUGUCUCCGUUCGGGAGUCGAAAUACAUAUAAAAAGCUGCCAUCCACGAAUAAUAUUACAUUCGUAUGACUCCCCUCAUUCGGUAUUUUAAACUUACCCAUCGGGGAGCUGAUUCGCCUUCCUGUUCGGGAGUUACGGAGCUCUGGAGGUGUCAGCGGUGUUCGGGUAAUUGAGUGUCCGAUUUGAGUUCCAGACACUCGACGACCAAACACCGCUGAGCCUUUCGUGCGUAAGAUGGCCGCCACCACGUGUUCGCAUGCCGAAUGGCGGCCACCCAGACACAUACAUAAAACACCUUUUAGUCUGCGGUUAGCGAGAAGUGUGCAGCUUAACGAGGGACACCUUCACUCUGGGGUGGUCUAUCGGUUCGGUAGUUUCCAUUCGUAUGGAAUACGGAUGGCAACUACUGAACAAUCACAUGAAUCCUACUUUACAAUUAACUACACAGCAGAAAUAACACACGAAUUGCAGUAUUCUCAUAGUCUUUAAGGACAGCCAAAGUACCAUCCCCUACACAGGACAUUUGGUGAUUUUGCUUGUCAACUUUCGGGAGCUCCUGGGGCUGAAAUACGGGGUGCUCCAGCGGGCUUGUAGGUAGCGUUUGUUCCCCUUAGCCUCAGACACCUUCCCUCCAAAAAGCACUCUGGCGGAUUUCAAAGUGGUUCAAAACCCCGAACCAAGUUGUCCGGGAACCGCAUGGUCAUCUCAUGCCUAAAACAGUUCCAUAACAUUCGCGGCUAAGUCCCGCUGAGGUGACCGGAACCCACGAUGUCCUCAUGCCGAAAUUAGUUCCAUAUCGGCUAAGUACCGCUGGGACUAUUCGUGGGUUUGGUUCAUGCGAAUGGCCACCAGAGAGCCAGCUUUCAUUUCCAUUCGCAUAAAGGGAAAGUGCCGAACCAGGGCCACCCAGGGCAAGCAAUAAACAGAAACAGAAAGUGCCGAACAGGGUCUUUGUAUAUGGCCCAUAGUCGGUGGGCAGGAGGCUAACUUCCACACUCCUCCAGGAGUUCGUGGCAAACGUCCAGGGUAAAGAGCAUUUGUCACAGCACCUGCUAAUCUCAAUCAGACUCAGAUGCUCUUCCUCAUUCACUUUGUACCUAGCACAAAACAGAGGUGGGUGCGUCUCAUAGAGAGGUAUGUGAAGCAUUGCAUAUGUACCAUGGCAAUUACUGCGCAUGCACCCUGCAUAACAAUGCUACUCUAAUGGAGGCUUUGAAUUGGCCAGGAGAUAUCUCAGUAUUGAUGGAGGGAGAGUAGCACUGUGAAGAGCAGAGUAUCGCUGCUGGAUUAUAAAUUAAUCCUUAUUUUAGAAUCGGUGUGGACAUGGACUAUAAAAACCCCCAUCGUUACAAACAAAGCUGUUUAUUUGUGUUCUUGAAAGGGACACUAUAGUGACGAAAACAAAAGUUUUUGUGUAAAGACCAUGCAUUUGAAGUUUCACUACUCAAUUCUUUGCCGUUUAGGAGUUCAAUCAUGUUUGUUUCUGUUUAUGCAGCCCUAGCCACACCUCCCCUGGUUGUGACUCACACAGCCUGCAUGAAAAAAAAAAUAGUUUAUUUUUCAAUCUGAUGUUACUUAAUGUAAAAGAUUUUAUCUCCUGCUCUGUAAAUUGAACUUUAAUUACAUACAAGAAGCUCCUAAAGGGAGCAAGCUAUUAGCAGAGCAGAAGAUAAGGAAUUCUAAAUUAAACGGAAUUUGCAAUAAAGGAAAUGUAAAUAUUAGAUGACUCUUUACAGGAAGUGUUUAGGAAGGCCGUGUAAGUCAUAUGCAGGAAGGUGUGCCUAGGUUUGCAUAAACAAAGAAAUUUAACUCCUAAACGGCAGAGAAUUGAGCAGUGAGAUUGCAGUGGCAUGAUCUAUACACCAAACCCGCUUCAUGAAGCUAAAUUUGUUUUAGUGACUAUGGUGUCCCAUUAAUGUCCAGCAAGAAAGAAUUUACAGAAACUGUUACACUGUUUGUUCUUAGUGUUUACAGCUCUUGAGUUGGUUUUACCCUUUUUGUUCAAGGGUCAAUCUCUUGCUUACAAUGGCACAAUUUAAUAAGCUUUACAAAUCAUUCAAUAUUGCUAGAAGAACGUUCUAAUGAAUUAUCUACAAAAAUUUCCUUGGACCUUAAUGGUUUCUUCUGUAGAUAAAUCAUUUGAAAAGUUUUUCUAACAGUAUUGAACAGGCCCGGACUGGCCAUCGGGCACACCGGGCAAAUGCCCGGUGGGCCGCGGUGGCCGUGGGGCCGAGGCCGGCAGGGAGAUCACAGGAUCUCCCCUGCCGGUCUAUGCAGGGCCAGCGCUACCCGAGCGCCGGCCCUGCAGUAGUCCACGGUGGCCGGUGGGGAGAUCAGAGAUUUCCCUCACUGGCCCACAUGCAGAAUACUGCGGCCGCUGGGGGAGAGAGGGAGGGAGCCAGCCUGCCAGCAGAGGAACCCCGACGGAGCUUUAACUUACAGCUCCGCCGGGUUCCUCGCGCGAGAUUCGGAGCGUUGCCAUGGCAACGCUCCGGGUCUCGCGAGAGUGAACUCUAGCCUCACAGGCUAGAGUUCACUCACCACUAGGACCACCAGGGAUGGAUGGCAGCCCCAGCAGCAGGACCCCCACCCUCACAGGCUAAAGGUAAGCAGGGAGGGGGGAAAUAAUCACCUAACUCACAUCAGCCUCACAGACACCCCUAACACUCACAGCACCCUCACUCACACACACACACACACACACUGCACCCCUGACACUCACAGCACACACACACACACACACACACUGCACCCCUGACACUCACAGCACACACACACACACACACUGCACCCCUGACACUCACAGCAGACACACACUGCACCCCUAACACUUACAGCACCCUCACACACACACACACACACACUGCACCCCUGACACUCACAGCACACACACACUGCACCCCUAACACUUACAGCACCCUCACACACACACACACGCACUGCACCCCUGACAAGCACAGCACACACUCACUGCACCCCUGACACGCACAGCACACACUCACUGCACCCCUAACACGCACACACACACACACUGCACCCCUAACACACAGUCCUCACACGCACAUAGCACCCUCACGCAAACACAGCACCCAUCACUCACACACUACACACCUCACACACACUGCACCCCUCUCGCACACACACUACACCCCUUACACACACACACACAGCACCCUCACACACACUGCACAAUAUGCUUUCCUAGCAUUUUUGUCUCCUGGUAUCCCAACUAUGGAGACACCAGAGACAAAUUUCAAGCAAACACAGUGCAAGCAUGUUAUUGAAUUUUUGCUUGCGCUUCUCUCAGCAGAGCUCUGCGCAUGGUCUACCCUGGAAGAGCAUUGAACCAACAUGCUCACUUUGUGAUGGGGCGUGCUUGUCAUUGGUGAUGACAAAACACACCCUAUCUGGCCCCGCCCCCUUUGUAGUGGGCCGCUGUAAUUAAAAAAUGCCCGGGCCGAAUUAUCUUCCCAGUCCGGCCCUGGUAUUGAAUCAUUUGGAAACUUUAUUAAAUGAAGGCCUAUGUUUGUAAUCAAUGCGUAUUUAACAGGGUUUUAUGUGGAAAAAUAGAUGUAUAGGGAGAACUUGUAAUAAAAAAACCAUUAAAAAAAUCUGGCAGUUCAACCACAGGAUUAUAUCAAGAUUGCACUAACCUUGAUAAGAAUGAGUCUUGUAUGCUACGGUUAUGGAAGGCAGAGACUAUAAUUUUGUUUACCACACUUUUUCAGGUGCUAUAGAUGCAUUUAUGGUCCUUCACCAACUAAGAUGCAAUGGUGUUCUAGAAGGGAUUCGAAUCUGUCGCAAAGGAUAUCCUAACAGGCUUCUAUAUGCAGAGUUUAAGCAACGGUGAGCCAUUUGUCUCUUUUUUGAUAGGUGUAGAAAUAACUAUUAAAACCUCUGAUUAACAUGUCACAUGCUUUUAUUUUAGGUAUCGAAUUCUCAAUCCUAAUUCAAUCCCAGAUGAUAAAUACGUUGAUAGCAGAAAAGCCACGGAAAAACUGCUGGGUUCAUUGGACAUUGACCACACACAGUACAAAUUUGGCCACACCAAAGUAUGGACAGUCAUUUCAUGCUUUUGGUGUAUUCAGUUACUUGUUUCCAGGUUUUAUUGGCUCUGGCUAAUUAACAGUUUGAAAUGUAACAUGAUGUUUCUCCUUCAGGUCUUCUUCAAGGCUGGGUUGCUGGGGCAGCUGGAAGAAAUGCGGGAUGAACGCUUGGCCAAGAUCAUCACUAUGCUGCAGGCAAGAAGUCGAGGGAGACUGAUGAGAAUUGAGUACCAAAAAAUCAUAGCAAGAAGGUAAGUGCUUAUUUCCUGUUUCCAUAACUGCUCAUAACGUGUUCACUUCCUUUUGUAAAGAAUACGCUUCAGUGUUCGGCGAUAUUACCAAAGCUUCUCUGUCAGUAUUUGUUAAGAUGUCUAUUACUAGUUAUUAAUACAUUGCUGCCCUGCUGAUGUAGGGAUGCAUUGUUGGUGAUCCAGUGGAAUAUUCGUGCUUUCAACGCUGUCAAGAAUUGGUCUUGGAUGAAGCUUUUCUUCAAAAUUAAACCAUUGCUGAAGUCGGCACAGACUGAGAAGGAAAUGGCCAAUAUGAAGGAAGAAUUUGUGAAGUUGAAGGAGGCUUUGGAGAAGUCUGAAGCUAAGAGGAAGGAGCUGGAAGAGAAACAAGUCACCUUAGUGCAGGAGAAGAAUGACCUUGGUCUGCAGCUUCAAGCUGUAAGUAAUUUAUCACGCACAUUGAAAUGUUCAUAUAAUGCUGUUCUGGGUCUUCUGUUAUGUCCAUCUAAGAAUGUAUUGUGUACAGUAUAUGAGAAGAUGCCUAAGUGGAAUUCAACAUAGCAUUCUAGAUUCUAUUUAGAUUGCAGGUAACUGUAUUAUAUUCAUUCUACUUAUAUUUUGCACUACACACUCACUGGCGCACUCUGAAAUCAAAAGGUAUUAACAGGACCUGGUAAGGGAAGGAGUGUGCUUUUAUCAAAGAAGUUGUAAUAUAACAUAUGAAAACAGAGAUUAAGCAUUCAUCUAAACAAGCAUACAUUAAAAAGGUACUACUGUGACCAAAAGUUAUAUAUAACGUUUUCAGGAAGUUUGAUUUUUACAUUGAAAACCUGGGCAGUUUUAGGAGUCAAAUUGCCCAAAGCCUGGCUAUGUCCUCUUUUCAUCUAUUCAUUUCAUCUGAUGCUGAUGAUUCUGUUGAAGGGAUGUGGAAGACUGGAAUAUAAUAGUCUUUUUGACUGCAGGAACAAGAUAAUCUUGCUGAUGCUGAGGAGCGUUGCGACCUACUGAUCAAAACAAAAAUCCAACUGGAAGCCAAACUAAAAGAGUUGGCGGAAAGAGUGGAGGAUGAAGAGGAAAUGAAUUCUGACUUGACUUCGAAGAAACGCAAGUUGGAAGAUGAGUGUGCUGAGCUAAAAAAGGAUAUUGAUGACCUGGAGAUUACUCUGGCCAAAGUUGAGAAGGAGAAGCAUGCGACUGAAAACAAGGUCAGUUCUUUCUUUUUUUUUAAGUUUGCUGGCCUUUGUGAGAUUGUCUGUUUCUUUAAUUGGAACCCUCUACUAUGCUUUGAAAUAUGAAUCAAGGUUGAAGAGCUUUCUUUUUUUUGCCCAAUAAAUUGUAUCUGUGUCAUUCAUGGUAUGGACUUAUUGCAUUAUUUAGGUGAAGAACCUUGUAGAGGAGAUGGCAGCUCUGGAUGAGAUCAUUGCUAGACUGACCAAAGAGAAGAAAGCCCUACAGGAAGCUCACCAGCAAGCUUUGGAUGACUUGCAAGCAGAAGAAGACAAAGUCAAUACGCUUACCAAGGCUAAAGCCAAGUUGGAGCAACAAGUGGACGAUGUGAGUUAAAUAGCUUUACUUAGUAAAAGGAGUUAGACUUUAGAUGUUUGUAAUGCUUUCUAAUAAUUUGCCCAGGGCCUUGGUGGUAUGUAGUUACACACUUGUGAGGUGGAAUUGGUAAUACCCUAACCUGUCUUUCCAUAUUAGUAAAAGAAGAAAAUAUUCUAUAGGCACUUUAUCUUUAAAUCAAUAGUUUACAAGAUUAUUUUUUUUGUCUUUUUUAAGAUCUAACAAUAUAAAUGUUUCAAUAUGUAAAUGAAGGCUCAUUUUCAUCAGAAGGAGAAAAAAAAAUAGAUAUUUGGUAUUGGUAAGACAUUUUGUGUCAACUCCAACAAAUUUCACACCUUGCCUACAGCUGGAAGGGUCCCUGGAACAGGAGAAGAAGCUACGGAUGGAUUUGGAGCGUUCAAAACGUAAGCUAGAAGGUGAUCUAAAACUUACCCAGGAGUCGGUCAUGGAUCUAGAGAAUGACAAGCAGCAACUGGAAGAGAAGCUGAAGAAGUAAGUACCACGAUUAUUUUUAUUUUUUUGUGGAUGGAAAUGGUCUCCCCCAAGUAACUGUUAAGAAAAUAUUUUAUGGAUUUGCUUCUGAUGGUCAAUGUUUGCGAAUAAUAACCUAAUAAUAUUAUAGCACUGGUGGUUUUAAUGUCUGUGGAAUCUAUGAAUGUCUAUUAGGGCAAUGAAAAUAAUCUCAGCAUUUCAUAUUGCGUUUUGAAACUUCUAACUACUUGAGGACUUUUUAAUUACCAUGCAAAAUAUUGUUUGUGAAAGAAGAGGGAAUAUAUGAUUUCGUAUAGCUGUAUUAAAUAAAACAGUACUCUGAGAUACAUUCUAUGAGUGCAAAGCCAACAGUGAAUUUUACCGGGUUAAGAAGACAUGGUCUAGAUCCUUUACAUCUUAUAAAUGAAAGAUAUAUCAAGGUACAUAAACCGUCCUGUAUAUGCCUAUCUUAAGAUGUCUGUAUCAGGAGAUAGAUCUAUGAUUUGUGUAAUGGUAUUCAUAUGUUAUUUAUUUUUUUCCAUAGGAAAGAUUUUGAGAUCAGCCAACUAAACUCUAGGAUUGAGGACGAACAAAUGAUGUGUGCUCAACUGCAGAAGAAAAUAAAGGAACUACAGGUAAUUGUUUGCUUAUUCGCAAUAAUAGUGUGUCGGAUGUCUGGUUCAAACUUUAUUAAACAUAUUAAUUGUACUAAAUAGGGAAAGCCAUAUUAAGUAUGGCUUAGCAAGUAGGAGUGGAAUUCAAUUAAACCAUGAGUACACGAACAUCCUUUUGUGUAAAAAAUAAAAACAUCUUUCUUCUUGUUUCCAUAUGUCUGUUUUCUCCAUAGGUUAUCUUUAUCCCUGUGUUUAAAUAAAUAAUUGCAACUUUAGGCUUAUUUACUUAAGAAAAAAAAACAACACAAAUCCACCACUUACCCACCAGUAUGCAUUUUCAUUCUACAAACUGUAUGGCUUCUAAAUAUAAUUAAUUGAUUCCCUCAUCAUAUGCAGAACUCCCUUUGUUCAAGUGUCCAUAUUGUUUAUCCAUUGUACUCCUUAAUUAGUCUUCACUUUUGGGUUCUUCUAUAUAGUUCCCUCUACCCUGAAAAGCACCCCUUUUCCCACUCAAACGCAAUUUGUCCUUUCAAUAAUUUUUUUUCAUAUAUUGUUAUUUGGUUUCCUAAAUUGUUUAUUGUAUUUUCAUUAAUUUGUUAAAGGUACUGUCAUCUAGUGGGUGAGAUUCCUUUUUUUAUUCCAUAGUCUUUUUAUAAAAUGUCUUGUCACUUUCUGACAUUGCACAUACAGUAUGUGUAUAUUAUUUUAAUCAAAAACUAGAAUUAUCUUGGAAAGCAAAAUGGACAAACUACGACCAGCACCCGAUGAUGAAAUGCUUUUUUCUUAUGAUCCCCCAUCUCUUUUAGAGUAGGAAUGAUAAGACUAAAUGUAAAAUGUUCCUGCAUUGAAUUCUCUCUAGACUAAGUGCCCCAUCUCUGUUGCAGGCACGUAUUGAAGAACUAGAAGAAGAGUUGGAGUCUGAAAAAGCUACGCGCGCUAAGGUAGAGAAGCAACGCUCUGAAGUAGCGAAGGAGCUAGAGGAGUUGAGUGAAAGGCUAGAAGAGGCUGGAGGCGCCACAUCUGUGCAGAUCGAGAUGAACAAGAAGAGAGAGGCGGAAUUCUUGAAGAUGCGCAGAGACCUAGAAGAGGCAACCUUGCAUCACGAGGCCACAGCUGCUGGGUUGCGCAAAAAGCAUGCAGACACUGUGGCUGAGCUCGGGGAGCAGAUAGAUAGCUUGCAGAGGGUCAAGCAGAAGCUGGAAAAGGAGAAAAGUGAAAUGAAGAUGGAGCUCGAUGACUUGUCUUCUAAUAUUGAGCAGCUUAUGAAAAAUAAGGUGAGCAUUCAAUAUUCUAGACAUUGUGAUUGGAUACAAGCCACUUUUUACAUCUGUAUGCUAAGUGUUUACAAGAAGAAACUGUCCAGUUUUAGAAAAAUAACAUGCAUGGUCAGUAUGUAUAGAAGCUGUUAUUGGAAGGCAAAUCCAAUACAGACCAGUCCUUUUUGAUACAUUUUAUUAAUAAAGUCAACAAUUCCCUACAAUCAAAGUUGAUGGUCAUGUUUGAAUUUUUAUGAAAUACAGUUGCCAUCACAUUUCAAAGUUAUACACAUUUUACGGUGCAGGGCAAUGCCGAAAAACUGUGUCGCACUUAUGAAGAUCAGCUGGGUGAGGCGAAGUGUAAGGUUGAUGAGUUGCAGCGCCAAUUAGCCGAUGUCUCUCUGCACAGAGCCAGACUGCAGACUGAGAACGGUAGGUAGAGGCUUUCUUCAUCCAACACCGAGCGGAUAAGUUAAUUAGAUGAAAAGCAAUUUCUGCUGUGAAUACAUUUGUUUUAAUUUUACAAUAUGCAAUAUGUUAUGUGCAAAGUGUAUCUUGUAAGUAUGAAGGAAAUAAUAGCUGCUUUUGAUAUUAGUGUUUCAAAAUCUAUUACUAAGGGAAAUAUAACAAAAUCUGGCGCCGUGUAAAAGGAAUAUUCUAAAAUGUAUGACCUCUUCUUGAGUUUCCAAAAUGCUGGCACACAGAUUUUAAAUCUAUAGGUUCUCAAAGGUCUUCUCCAGACCCCAGCAUUGUAGGUUUUGUAAUUCUCUUCCAUUUACUCAUUGUGAUCACGCGGACAGAUCUACAAUUUUUUUUUUUGGAAGAAAGAUCUUAAAAAUCUGCAAUGUUGAUAAAGAUAGGAAGUUGGCGUUGGUAUCAUAUGAUUUCAUAUAUUAGGGGCCAUGACUCAGUUGCACAUUACAGAAUGCAAGUGAUGACAACUACUGAAAUGUGUAUGUAUCCUUUGGUUGACUAGGAGAAUUAUCCAGGCUCUUGGAAGAAAAGGAAUCUCUUGUCAACCAGUUGAGUCGAGGCAAAGCGUCCUUCACCCAGACCAUUGAAGAACUGAAGAGACAAUUAGAAGAGGAAACCAAGGUAAAGAGCAAAACAAAAUGGCAUAUCAAAUGUUCUAGCCCAUGUUUGCAAUGCAGAAUUUAAUAUUUACAGCCAUUUUGGAGACAUCACACAAUAUAUUGAUAUGCAAGCCCUAUUUUUUCUUUCAGUCAAAAAAUGCACUAGCCCAUGCACUACAGGCAUCUCGCCAUGACUGUGACUUGAUGCGGGAGCAGUAUGAAGAAGAACAGGAGGCCAAAGCUGAAUUGCAGAGGUCUCUAUCUAAAGCAAAUGCCGAGGUGGCCCAGUGGAGAAACAAGUAUGAAACAGAUGCUAUACAGCGAACAGAAGAACUGGAAGAUGCCAAGUAUGUUUAUUAUGCUAAAGGUUUCACAGUGUAAUGGAGCCAGCUAAUCUAUUAGAGGUCAUAAUUUGAUAAUGAAAUGUUGGUAAUACUGUCCUACAUGACAAUAAAGAAAUUGACCUGAAUUGCGGUUUCUUCCUUGUUCAGGAAGAAACUUGCAGCACGUCUUCAGGACGCCGAGGAAGCAGUAGAAGCUGCCAAUGCCAAGUGCUCCUCUCUGGAGAAGACCAAGCAUCGUCUACAAACAGAGAUUGAGGAUUAUGUUAUUGACCUAGAAAGAGCCAACUCUGCUGCUGCUGCUUUGGACAAAAAACAAAGGAACUUUGACAGGAUUCUCAUCGAAUGGAAGCAGAAGUACGAGGAGACCCAGGCUGAGCUGGAAGCCUCACAGAAGGAAUCCCGUAGUCUUAGCACAGAACUCUUUAAGUUGAAAAACGCCUAUGAGGAGUCUCUGGAUAAUUUGGAGACAAUGAAACGGGAAAACAAAAACUUACAAGGUAAUUUAAAAUGAAAAUAAGGUAAAUAAAAUAUACAUGCAUUACAAAAAAAAAAAAAUUAAUCAAGUAGGCUUUCUUUAUCAGGAUCGUAUAGGUCCAUUAUAGGCACAAUAAUGUAAAAUAUUUAAUGUACCUAGUUAAUAUAUUUAAUGGUUUUCUUUUGUACUUUUAAAUUACUAAAUUGCACCUUACUCAAUGAGUGGAAAACGGUUAAUGUUACAUUUCCGUCAGCCAGGUCAUCGAAGCCAAAUCAUGCAUCAGUUUAUCAUUUAAUGAAACAUCUUUUCACUUUAGAGGAAAUUGCCGACCUCACAGAUCAAAUCAGUGCCAGCGGCAAAAUGAUCCAUGAGCUAGAAAAGGUGAAGAAGGCUCUAGAGAGUGAAAAGAGUGAAAUCCAGGCAGCUCUGGAGGAGGCCGAGGUGAGCAAUACAUAAACCUCUCAACUAGAAGACUUAACAGACUUUGAUACAUAGACACAAGGAUAAGAACACAACAGAUUGUAAGCUUGGAGCGAGGCCUUUCUACUUUACCUGUGUUUUUUUUUUUUCUCUGUCUGUCAAAUGGAGCUUGUAAUAUUCUUUACUAUAUCAGGCAUUUUAUAAACUGACCACUAUAUAUCGAUAUAUCCAUAACGGAUGUAUUCGGAAAAACAGGGGUUUAUUUUCUAAACACCAAUUCAGUGUUUAACGGAGAAACCCCACGGUAAUACACAAGGCUAAUGCUGCAUCGACUAAGAGGAUUUAAUUCAGUAAUUUACAGAUAUUCAUUUAAAAGAAUUUGGAGCACUGUCAUGUUAAAUUCAUAUAUAUAUAUUUUCUAAAUAACUUAAAGGAAUCUCAUUAAACCUGAAAAGUCUUAGGAAGAUGUUAGGGUUAUUCUAACAAUAUCUCACCUAUUUGUGAACAACACCCUUGAUCCCCUUUAUUGCAUACAUUAGGAUGCACUUCAUUAUGCAUUAUGUAUUUGCCAAUAUGUGCUUUAUUUUUGGAUGUGUUAGGGAGCCCUAGAACACGAGGAGAGCAAGACCUUGAGAAUUCAGUUGGAGCUGUCACAGAUAAAAGCUGAUGUAGACAGAAAACUGGCUGAAAAAGAUGAGGAGAUUGAGAACCUGAGGUGAGACAAUGGGUUCUCCCCGCCACAUGUCUAUAGAUUCUGUAAUUAAACACCAUAAAAUAAAGUAAAUGCAUUUAUUUAAAAAAAAUAAAAAAUUUGAGAGUAACUACACGAAAGUGUAUGUGCGCAAUUGCACUAUUCCAUCUUGUAUCUGCACAAACUAUCUGCUCGUCCAAUAUCCGUACCUGCAGAAUAUGUAAUUAUGUGCUUUAUGUUUAUAUAAUUUAGGCGCAACCACCAGAGGGCCAUGGAGUCCAUGCAGGCAAGUCUCGACGCGGAAGCCAAGGCCAGGAAUGAAGCUAUCCGGCUCAAGAAAAAAAUGGAAGGAGAUCUCAACGAAAUGGAAAUCCAACUCAACCACGCCAACCGGCAGGCUGCAGAAUCCCAGAAAAUGGUCCGUCACCUCCAAUCUCAGAUGAAGGUUGGUAAUAUUUAAUGCUUUAGCCAAGUGAGCAUACUGGGUGUAAUAGUACAUGUCUUUACAAUACUUUUAUCAAUGUAAUAUGAGCAUUUAGCAGCCAAUACUGUUAUAAAGUUUAACUGUAUUGCCAAAUCAAUAUAUCUCAUGCUUUGAUAAGCAGUAAUAGUUUAAUAACAUGUGAUAUGGGUCUGAUCCUGUAUUUUAGGAUUUGCAGAUUGAGUUAGAUGAUACCCUCCGACACAAUGAUGAUCUCAAAGAACAGGCUGCAGCUCUUGAGAGACGUAAUAACUUGCUCUUAGCCGAGGUAGAGGAACUACGGGCUGCACUGGAACAAGCAGAGAGGGGAAGGAAAUUGGCAGAGCAGGAACUGCUGGAGGCAACAGAGAGAGUCAACCUCCUACAUGCUCAGGUAUACAGAAUGAGAUUACGAAAAUCACAGAAUAACAUUAAGGUUCUGUGAAUAACAUUAAGGUUCUGUGAUAGAAUUAGUAAUAAACUGUAUGUUUUAUGCCCUAGAACACUGGCCUUAUUAACCAGAAAAAGAAACUAGAUGCAGACAUCUCUCAGCUGACCACAGAGGUAGAAGAAGCUGUCCAGGAAUGUCGAAAUGCAGAAGAAAAAGCCAAGAAAGCCAUCACCGAUGUAUGGAGGAUAGAUUUUAACAUCCAACCAUGUGUGAAAUAUUUGAGCAAGAUUUUGUUUUACAAACACAGUUACAACAAAUUUAAUUACACAGAAAUCUAUUCACUAAGCAGCAACGGGUGUUCAGUUGUCCAAAUUCAGCUGUUUGAACCAAAACCCAUUAGGCUAUUUAAAAAAGGCAGAUUCAGUUAGAUCAGCUGUAUUUGCAGUGCACCACCGCAUGACUGCCAUUCAGUUAGCUGUUAAAAUCAAUAAAUCGCUGUACAAGUUCUGUAAUUCAUCUGUUUACAGUUUCAAUUAAUUGAUUUACCUGAAUCUGCAAAAUUCUCUAAUAUCUAAUAAACCAAAUGAUUCCAUAAUUCCUGGUUUAAUGAAUAUCCACCUAAACAUUUUACAUGGUAAAAGGAAUGGGUAUAUAUACCAAAUUGUAGAUUGCUUCUAAGAACUUACUUGAAAUGUGUUACUUUAUUGAGAGAGCAGUUUACCAACAUAUCUACCAUUACACCUUUGAAGUGGAGUGCUUUUCCAUACUUCGGAACGAUAAUCAUAUGUCACGGUUGCAGGCUGCAAUGAUGGCAGAAGAGCUGAAGAAAGAACAAGACACCAGUGCACACCUUGAAAGAAUGAAGAAGAACAUGGAGCAGACCAUCAAAGACCUGCAAAUGCGUCUCGACGAGGCCGAGCAAAUUGCACUUAAAGGGGGAAAGAAACAAAUUCAGAAGCUUGAGGCCAAGGUGGGUUUAAGUUAAAAACAAACAAAAACACCAACAAUUGUGUAUCAAAGUCUUCUCCAUCCCAUAUUUUCCAGAUCCAUAAUUCAACACAAAUAUCAAUGAACUUUAAUUUUGUUCCCAAUCUUUGGUAAAUUGGACGCUUUAAAUUAAAAAUCAUAUAAGAUAUGGCCCUUUGGUGAUUGCGUUUGGUCAUUGUAGAUCCAGGCAGCUUUCUAUAAUGGCCUAUGUUUCUAGGUGAAUCUGUCCUGUGAAUUGUCUGCAUGCCCAUGUAUAGAUGGAGGUUCACAGCUCCAUGACUGUUCUAGGGAAAUCAUUAUAUAUUUCACGUUCUAUCACGUUAUCAUUUUAAUUGGCCAAAAAAAAGCAAUUGCCAAAUGAAAUGAUUAGUUCAAUACGUUGUUUCGGCUUUAAUGUUUUCACUUGCUUUUCAGCUCACAACAGCGUACCAUUGAGCGUUCUAUAAACAAUGUAGAUACAUUCUUAUCAGUCACUCAAAUUGAUAAAACAUUUUAACAGAUCUGUGGAAUUUUUUAUAGAAAGGAAAAAAAAGAAAAUCCAUGCAAACCAGUCUGUUCAUCAAGUUUAAGGUUUUCUUUUUGGGUCAUCUAAAAGACAUCAUACACAAGCGUUCUUAAAAAAUGCUCUACAGAUCUACCGGCAGGUUGCUGAUCUGUUGAAUCUUUUGUUUCCUUGCAAUGUUAAUUGAAUUGAUGCAUUAACCUUUCAUACUAUAUCUAAUACAUGAGCACGUUCAUCAUUGCAGGUCAGGGAGCUGGAAGGUGAACUUGAGAUUGAGCAGAAGAAGAAUGCAGAAACUCAAAAAGGAAUCCGAAAGUAUGAGAGAAGAAUAAAGGAACUCACCUACCAGGUAACAAAAUCAUGGAUUCUAGCUGGAUGGAGGUUAGGGUGUAUUCUUUUAUUUAUUUGGGCUAGCAUUGAGAAAAGACUAAAGCCAGGUAAAAGUAACAGAUAAAGAAAAGUAAUUAUCACUGCUUUAAGCACACUUGUCCUAUUAGAGAAGGAUUACAAUGCCAGAUGUGAUCUGUUACAAAUCUUGGGCCACAUUUUCAAAAUUGGUGUUUUACAUAAUAAACUUUCACCAUGCUGAGGUUCCUAUAGUACAAUGGCACAAAAGGAGGUGGUGGUCAGAGGAGUCCAAUGCGUUUUUGAUUUUGGACCACAGAUUGAAAGUAAUUGAGAAGCACUGAUACAUGUAAAAAAAUUUGCUUUGAAUAGAGGUUACAAAUUAAAGAGAAAGGUCCGUUUAAGCUUCAGAGCCUUGUUAAUAGUCAGCAGGAAUUAGCAUCUGUAUUUUUAGGUUUUAUUUGAAAUGUAAUGCUCACACUCUUUGUAACUCAAGGGGCUGGCCAGAUGUUUGCCUUUGAUGAGUGUUUUCAAUGAUACUGACCACUCAUCUUGGCAAAAAAAAACCAUUUUUUAAAAAUGGAUAGUCUUGCUGAAUUAUAAAAUCUUUAUCCUCUAGACUGAAGAAGAUCGGAAGAACCUGGCCCGCAUGCAGGAUCUGAUUGACAAACUGCAGAUGAAAGUCAAGAGUUACAAGAGGCAGUCUGAAGAGGCGGUGGGUAACUCUAGAACAAUUAUAUGAUUUGUACAAAAACAACAUUACAGAGAAGCACAUACUGAGAGGUUUGUUAAAACACCUCAACGAAGUUAUGACCCGCCUACAAAGUAAUUAUUUAGGGAAUGCAGACAAAUAAAACACACAGACAAAUGUAUGUAAAAUAAAUAUGUAUAUAUUGGUUGUUAAAUUAGGCGCUUACAGUUUUGUCAUGCUGGUUAGUUGCCUCCGCUCACAUGGCCAGAUGAAAAGGAAAGCCACCCCCAAAUGCCCAGGCAAAUGUCUUGUUAGCCUGGCGGCUAACUAAAAAUCUGGUCGGGCGGGUGGCGCUGGAGCACUGGGGGGUGGGGGCCUGAGUUUUGUCAUGCCUAGGGCAGAGCAAAACCAGGAUACACCACUGGGGUUGAGGUCAGGGCUCUGUGCUGACCAGUCAAGGUAUUAUACACCAAAUUAACCCAUAAAGCAAGGUCUGCAUGGACUUUGCUUUAUGGUCAUGUUGGAAUAGAAAUUAUCUUUAUGGGUUAACGCCUCCUCUAGUGGCUUUUCCAAUUGUGUUGAUACCAUCAUAUCUCACAUUGCUGACAUGUUUAUUGUCGUUUGCAGGAGAUGCAGGCCAGCUCCAACCUAGUGAAGUACAGGAAAGUUCAGCACGAGCUGGACGAUGCAGAGGAACGAGCUGAUGUAGCAGAAGCACAAGUCAAUAAGCUGCGUGUACGAACCAGGGAGGCUGCAACUUCUAAGGUAAGCCAGCUUAGAAUCUCUCCAGUUAUGACAGCAUUAGACAAGUCAGUUGCAUUGAAGUAUGAACCCUAUAUGAUGCAUGUUUGCCAUUUUGUUAGGCUUUCAGGCUCUAAUUAAACUUGGUUAUGCCAUUUCAAAAUAAAGGGGGUGUGCAUUCACUACAGCUUACAUUUUUAGCAUACAAACCUCCAUUUUGUAGAUUGUGACUAUUUACUUUAAAGCGACACUACAGGCACUUUAUCAUAUUGAAGUGUUGAUCGUGCCUGGAGUCUGCUGUGCCAUUCUAUUCAUUGUUAAACCAUUUCUGGUUUUACACUAAACAAGGGUUCUCAGCCAGGCUCCUGUUUCUUCUCUGAAUGGAGAGAAAAUGCCAAGAAUAUUAAACAAUUCAAUAAAAGAAUAUCUAAAAAUUUGCAGUCCGAUUAUUUUUAUGAAGUCAAAUGCAGGGAGGUGUGCCUAGAGCUGCAUAAACAGUGUGAUUUAACUCCUAAAUGACAGAGAAUUGAGCAGUGAGACUGCAAGGCAAAUGAUCUAUACACCAAAACUGCUUCAUUAAGCCUAGUUGUUUUGUUGACUAUAGUGUCACUUUAAAUAUAACAUGGCAAAAAAUGAAAAACAUCCUGUAUGCAAGUUUUGUUUUUGUUUGUUUAUAAUCUGACAGCAAAUUUUCUAGAUAUUCUUUUUGGCAAGAGGAUUUUGCUAGAAGAUCUGUAUUGAGGAAAUUUGUUAAAUUUACAUAUUGCAAUGUCAUGUAAAAAAAAAAAAAAGAACAUGUAGGUUUCAUGCAGAGCAAUAACAUUAUUAAUGUCAGACUAUUUUUCUUUUCUUUCCAGCAUGAAGAAUGACAACAUUGGAAUUCAGACAGUCUGUCAUCCCCACCAGCAGCUGCAACAGCUGUCACCAGGCCUGAUCCUACUUCUUUUUAGCCCUAAGCAAAACCCCUACCCCUUGAAAGCAAAAUAAAAACGAGAGGCAAAAAAGCUCGCGUGUCUGUGUGUGGUGCAUAUACACUCUCCAAUUCCGAUUGUUAAUGGGAUUUGAUUUAGAGAGAAUGCUACAGAGAAUAUAAAAAGUAAAUAAAUGCAAAAUGUUCAAUUUAGGUAUAAGGUACACUUAUCUGCAAAAACAUUACAUUUCUUACACCAGAAAAAAAAAAAAAAGGUAUAUGCCCAUUAUAAACCUUUUCUACAGGCUGAAGGUUAG